AUGAAACAUGCUCAGACAUAUCACGUGGUAGGUAUAUCAAGUUAUGUAUACUGACAGUAUAGUGAAUCAUAAUAAUAAGGUAUGAUAUAGGAACAUGCUUGGUCUAUAUAUGAUAGAUACUUAGUAAAAUAAUGUAAGGAUAGAACCACUGGGAAGGAGUACUAAAUGAAAAAAAAAAAGAUUUAGCCAAUUCAGAGAAUAUAGGCUGAAAUGGUUUCUUUGGCCCAGACCCUCGUGAUAUUUCAUCAGGGCAAUUCACUCUAUACCACAGGAAGGCCAGCAUAGAAAGUCCACUUCCACCCUAAGACCGAUGCCUCCACACUUCGUUAUCAUGCUUGGCAGGGGUCAGUUGGGGAUCCAGCUGCUGAUGAGGAUGAUCAGUGAGUGCAAUAUGAAAAGACCCUGAUCCUUCGGCCCCAAGCCUUGGUGAGGCAAAUGCCUCCAGUCCAUAGAGCUACCGUAUCCCAUAAGUAAGACCAUAGGGCCCCAGGUUCUCCUUGUCACGAGUGUCUCUGUUGGUGUAUGGACGGCUGCUCGGAGAUAACUCUGCUUGGGCCCCUGACCUCGAAGAGCUGCUGCACUAUUUAUUAUUAUUAUCAUCAUCAUUAUUUAUAAACCACCAACAAAUUCUGCAGCACUAUACAAUAGGUGCUACAUGAAGUGUUAUUGAGGGCCCUGCUCAGAUAAGCUUACAAUAGAAAGCCUUUAAUGGAUUUCCCUGUUUUGUUAAACCAGAGUACCCAUUUAGGUUUAAAACAAUGCAAUAAGCACUCUAACAACUGCUGUGAAAACGUAAACAAAUCUUGCUCUUGUGCUAUUGAAAACUCUGUUUUCUGAGCAAUGCAACAUAUUUGCUUUAAAGGACCACUAUAGGCACCCAGACCACUUCAGCUUAAUGAAGUGGUCUGGGUGCCAGGUCCAGCUAGGGUUAACCCUUUUUUUUUGCAUGCGCAUUCAGACGAAGAGGAGGAGAGGAGGCGGAGAGGAGGAGGAGAGCUCCCCGCCCGGCGCUGGAAAAAGAGGUAAGUUUAACCCCUUCCUUUCCCCAGAGCCCGGCGGGAGGGGGACCCUGAGGGUGGGGGCACCCUCAGAGCACUAUAGUGCCAGGAAAACGAGUAUGUUUCCCUGGCACUAUAGUGGUCCUUUAAUCAGCAGAGUGUAAAAAUAAACAUUAUUUAUCUUUAACAGCAGUGGUUCAACAGCUUUUAAAAAAAAUUUUUAAUAUAGAUUUCAGCCAGUCAUUUACAAGAAAUAUUGUGCAAUGGGAAUGUUUGAUACUUUUUGAAAACUUCCUAUUUCCUGCAGUAUUUGUAAAACAUUAUAUGUAAAAGUUUUUUUCAGGAAACAGAGAACAUGAGAACUGUGAGAACAGACAAGGAGGCGGAGCAUGUCUCUCUGUCAUGCUCCCUGCGGUUCCCACAAUUCCCAGCACAGGAUGUGGGAACCGCAAAGGAGCAUGACAGAGAGACAUGCUCCUCCUCCUUCAGCGUUAGUGAGAGGAAUGCCGCCGGACCGGCGAGGCUGCCACCCGACCGCUGCUUUGCAUGAACGCGGACGGCCCCCUCACAGUGUGCCACCGGACCGGCCACCCGGUGGCACCUUCCACUGAAGUCCCCAGAUGCCGCCUACAAUCCAGCCCUGCCGCCAGGCCCCCUGAAGGCGGCCCUGGCGGCGGGCCCCCCUCCCGGCCGGGCCCUCGGACCAUGUCCGAAGUGCCCGACCGGUCAGUCCGCCCCUGGUCGGGAGGGUAAGAAAGAUCACUAAAGGACGGGGGGCAGGGGAGAUCACUAAGGGACAUGGUGGCAGGGGAGAUAACUAUGGAACAGAAGGGAAGAGCUCUAAGGGUCAGGUGAAGAAGGGUUAGCACUAAGAGACAGGAGGGCAGAGCACUAAAGGACAGGGGGAAAGAGGAGACCACUAAGAGACAGGGGGGAGUGAAAUAGAUCAUUAAGGGACAGGGGGAGUGGAAAAGACACACAGAGAGGCUGAGGAAGGGGCAAAAGAGAAGCACUGGGAUUGGUAGGGGAGAAAGAGACACACAGAGGGACUCAGGAUGGAGACACACCAGAGGACCUGGGGAGGAGACAGACACACAGAGGGGCCUGGGGGUGAAAGAGACACACACAAAGGAGCUAUGAAGAAUAAAAGAAACAAAGGGGCUGGGGGGAGUAAGACACGCAAAGAGGUUGUGAGGAUGUAGGAGACAUACACAGAAACACACAGGGGGCUUGUAAGAGAUACACUAAAGGGGGGUGUAAGACACAAAACUUAAAAAAAAAAAUACAAAAAUUAUAUUAACAAAAUAAACAUAAUAAUACAAAUAAAGAGCUGCUCCCCUCUCAGCCCUGGCAAGACUCGGCCCCUAUCCUACCCUACAAACUCUCUCUUUCACACUACACACACAUAUACACAAUGCAUCCACACACACAUAGAGAAACAGACAAUGCAUCCCUACACACAGAGAUGCACACACAUGCACAGAAACAUACAAUGCAUCUCUACACACACACACAGAAAAAUACCAUGCUUCCCUUAUACACACAGAAACACACAAUACAUCCCUUACACACACAAACACAAUGCAUCCCUUGCAUACAUACACAGAAACACACAAUGCAUCGCUUACACACAGAUACACACAAUGCAAAUUCCCAUCUCAAUUCCCUGUAAUUCUCUCUUUAUUGAGUAGAUCCUAUAAUCUGCACUAUGAUAAGUAGGCAGAGAUUAAUUAUGUGGGUUGGGCAUAGUGGGCGGAGCUUUGGGGGCAGUGGGUGUGGUAAAUCUUCAAGUACGUAAUUGAUAGCUGUGGUGCAAAGUGUCCCUGGAAAUUUUAUUCAAAUGUUGGCAACUGCUCAGCCUUACCUCACUGACAAAGCCUAACAAGGCUGAAAUGAUCGUCUCUCGUACAGAGAGAGCCGGCCUGCAGUUCGGAUUUGGACCGCCCUUUUGGGUGGGAUCAGUUUUAUAUGCAAAUGACCCUUGUUCUUUUUGUAAUAGCACAAUAUGAGUUAAGAGAGGGGAGACGAGCUUGGGGGCUGCAUCUGCAAGGGAGAAGCAGUUAUGUAUGUCAGCAGCAUGCAGUGUGAGUUCUUGGCUGCCUAAGUCACAUGUGUUAGGGGUGCAACUUCCCCCCGGCAUAUAAGUGCAAAUUACUCUGCACUUCCAUUCAGAAAAGCAUUAGUGGUCAUGGUGGUUGCGGUAACCCUUUCAUUUUAGGGGUGUGUCUCUUCUGAGAAAUUUUAAGUGACUUACUAAUAGCAAUUUAUGCAACUAAAAUAUAACAAGAACAAUGUAUCAUAAUUACACGGACUGAUUUCUAAACAAUUUUAUUGUAGUAUAAACACACAUUACUGUGAGUAUUAUUGAUGUGAAGCUCUACACUCACACUCACACACCAACAAUAGAGACCUCCUACAAAAGAGGGACAUUAGGAUAGAAAAGAGCAACCGAGGGAUGUGGGCCCAAAAUAGGGACUGUUCUCCUAAGUAGGGACAUUUGGGAGGUAUUGUGUAAUCCUGCCAUUACACUUUUUACCUUGUUGUAACAUCACACUGUCUAGGGCUAAUUCUGGAUUUUUGUCUUAAAAAAAACUGUCCACAUUAAAGGGACAUUUGUAUUAUCAAAACAACUCUGACUUAACAAAGUGGUUUGGGUAUUGACCAUGCCCCUGCAAUCUAACUGCUCAAUUCUCUGCCAUUUGUGAGUUAUUUCACUUUGGUUAUACAGCCCUAGCAACACAGUCUCAAUACACAUUUCCUAAAAACUUUUUUUUUAACUUCCCUUAAAGGACCACUCUAGGCACCCAGACCACUUCAGCUUAAUGAAGUGGUCUGGGUGCCAGGUCCAGCUAGGGUUAACCCAUUUUUUCAUAAGCAUAGCAGUUUCAGAGAAACUGCUAUGUUUAUGAAUGGGUUAAGCCUUCCCCCUAAUCCUCUAGUGGCUGUCUCAUUGACAGCCACUAGAGGCGCUUGCGUGCUUCUCACUGUGAUUUUCACAGUGAGAGCACGCCAGCGUCCAUAGGAAAGCAUUAUGAAUGCUUUCCUAUGUGACCGGCUGAAUGCGCGCGCAACUCUUGCCGCGCGUGCGCAUUCAGCCGACGGGGAGGAGAAGAGGAGGAUCGGAGGAGGAGAGCUCUCCGCCCAGCGCUGGAAAAAGGUAAGUUUUAACCCCUUUCCCCCUUCCAGAGCCGGGCGGGAGGGGGACCCUGAGGGUGGGGGCACCCUCAGGGCACUAUAGUGCCAGGAAAACAAGUGUUUUCCUGGCACUAUAGUGGUCCUUAAAUGUACAAUGUGUUUAAAUUUAGAUUAUCCUAUCUUCAGUUCUGUUAUUUGCCUGCUGGAGCCUCCAACAAAGACAAUUAACAGAACAGGAGAUUACCAAUGUCUAAAGUAAACACACUAUGCUGUAAAAAUGAAACCUACAUGUCAGAGGAUUUAGCAGUGAGACUGCAGGGGAAUGAUCUAUACACCAAAACGGUUUCAUUAAGUAGUUUUGGUGUUUAGGGUGUCCAUUUAAUGAGCCAUUAAAACCCUGUCACUUAAUCCAAGUUAAAAUUAACUUAAAAGCGUAACAUUUUUCACAACUGUCAUACUCGUUCUCACAGUGUGUCAUAUAACCUCUGGGCUUCUAACGCCCCUGUUGUCGCUUUCCACAAUAACUUUAAAAAGCCCUGUUAUUACCUUCAAUGCACCCUAUUAAUUCCACUCUAUAUUCCAUCUUUAAUGAGAGUAUUGAAUCUGCCAUAUACCUGGUGUCUACACCAGGUUUCUUGUGGUUCCAGUAACUUCUACUGCUGUAAUAGACUAAAAGCAUGCUCCCUUGUUGACCUUUUUAGUGAGAAUUUCAUGAACAUCUGCAUUUUUAGGUCAGGGCACUUCAUAGAUUUAACUUAUACUAUACCUGCUUAUUUCAAAUAAAUUACUGCAUUAAAGUGUAAACUUUAAAAACUGAACCUUUGUAAACGAAAAUAAUUCCUUUUCCUAUUUGUGACAGUAUGCUUUUUAGUGGCACAAAUACUUUCAGCUACACUGGAACAUCCUAUACUUAUCUCAUGAUUAGCUCAAAGGGACACUCUAGUCACCAAAACAUCUUUAGCCUAAUAAAUCCGUUUCAAUAAUAGUUUUAAUAAUUUUAAAAUCUUCAUGUGCAUUCAAGGGGUAGCUAAAGGUGUCAACUCAAGUUUGGCUUGUUCCUUUAAAAAUAAUUUCAGGAAGUAUUACUUUACUGAGAGGGUACUGGAUUCAUGGAAUAGCCUUCCAGCUGAAGUGGUAGAGGUUAACACAGUAAAGGAGUUUUAAGCAUGCGUGGGAUAGGCAUAAGGCUAUCCUAAACUUAAGAUAAGGCCGGGGACUAAUUAAAAGUAUUUCGAAAUAUUGGACAGACUAGAUGGGCCGAAUGGUUCUUAUCUGCCGUCACAUUCUAUGUUUCUAUGUUUCACAUAACAGAAUAUAUAUAUAGAUAUAUAUAUACAGGGCUCAAAACGUCCACUGGUGACUGAGAAUUCAGACCUGGCAAGUUAAAAUUUACAACAUAAAUCAACUGCACACCUAAUGUUAGGUAUGUAAAAAUGACAAUCAUUGUUUAAUGACAAAAAAGGAAUAAACUCACAUUUCAUCUAUAUACACCCAAAAAUUUACAAAUCAUAAUGGAAAACGCAUAAUUGCAAUUCAUCUAUAUACAUAAUAGUAUAAAAAACUAUAUCAAUGCUGGCAUUUCAUACAAAUGAAAUACUGAGAAAAUUAAGUAAUCCUUCAAUACUGUGGUCAUUUAUAGUGAUUUAUAUACCGUAGAUUACCAUAGCAUAAUUUGAUUUGAAAUUUAAUUUGGACCACCAACAUCUUAUCUACAUUUUAGUUUAUUUGCAGUUCAAGCUAAGGCCACAAUAGGAAUGUAAAAUGAGCAAAAACCUCAAUUAUAAGAAAAAAAAAAUGACGGCUGUUGGAUGAAAUAAGGAACCUGUAGUAGUACAGACCUUCCACUAGGUGGUAUCAUACAUAGAUAUAAUACAUUUUUCUUCUAUAGACAAAGAUACAAAGACAUAAAACAUCUUGACAAAUUUAGCUAAACCACCUUUGUGAGUAUUCUCACUAUAAAUGGCUCUAGAUUUUUUUAAAUUAACAUAACUGAAUAUUCCUAUUUUGUUAUUUUGGCCUAAAAUUUUAAUUUCACUUUGGAUUCACUCUGAAUUCUGGACAAGUCAGAAUUUAUUGAAUAGCCCUGAACAGAAUUCGACUGUACAUAAGCCACCAGAGCAGCAUGGGAGCUAUAGUUCAACAUCUGUAGAACUGCUUGCCAUUUAAUCAUACUUUACAUUGAUUGAUGAUUAAAGGGACACUCCAGGUACCAAAGCAACUUCAUCUAAAUUAACCAAAUGGUUAAACCCCAAAGUUGAUUCCAGGGGCGAUGUCCACUCCUCCCCUGACAGCAUCCAGUUUCUGAAUUUUUAGAUUCAGGAAGCGUGGAGUGCUGCUGGACAGGGGUGUGCAUAAUUAGCUGAGAGCGGUCAGCUGACACUCUCAGCCAUUCAGUGACCUCCUAUUCACUAAACUGGCUUGGAAAGAAACAUAACUUUCCCAAGCCCCUGCUCGGCGGCUCUCUGUGCUUCCUGAAUCUGAAAAUUCAGAAGCCAGAUGCUGCCAGGGGAGGAAUGGACAUUGCUGCUAGAGGCAGCUUUAGGGUUAUAGGAACACUGUAGGCACCCAGACCACUUCAGCUCAUUGAAGUGGUCUGGGUACAGUGUCCCUUUUGCACUUAGUGCUGCAAUGUAAAACAUUGCAGUUCCAGAGAAACGGACAGCCACUAGACUAGAGGGCUUUCUGAAUUGAAACAGACCUUGAGGACCUCCAGUGUUAAAUUUUUCCCUAAAGGAAAAUAUUAAUUUAAUGCUUUCUUAUGGGGAGGUCUAGUGCGUGCACGGCAUUUGCCACCCAUGCGCUUUAGAGCCUGCUUGUCGCAGGAUAUCGGAGGGGGCGGAGUGUAGACCCAGCGCCGAGGGACAUUAGCGCUGGGAUCAGGUAAGUAAAUUAAGGGUUUUUAACCCUUUAUUUACUGGGUAGGCAAAGGAGGCAAUAGUGCCGGGAAUACAGCUUUGUAUUCCUGGCACUAUAGUAUCCCUUUAAGUCACUCUUACUGCAGUCAUCCCGUAUAUGAAACCCUCGCUGUUUAAAGCGGCACUGUCAUGCCGAACUUACCUUUCUUUAAUCGAUUCCUCUCACUUUCUCAGGAUAUGUUCUAAAUUUCUUCCUGUCUGCUCUAGUGGGGGCCCUCAAUAACAAUAUUGUCCUCCCCCCUGGCCCCCACCCCUGAGCGGCGGGUGGGGACCCUAAAUUACAAAAAGGGGGGGACCUAUUGUUCUGGUCCCCACCCCUGAGCGGCGGGUGGGGGUCCUAAAUAACAAUAAGGGGGGGGACCUAUUGUCCUCCCCCUGACCCCCACCCAUGAGCGGCGGACGGGGGCCCUAAAUUACAAUGGGGGGGACCUAUUGUCCUCCCCCCGGCCCUCAGCCAUGAGCGGCAGGUGAGGGCCCCAGGUAGGUCUCCCCCCUUAUUGUACUUCAUAAACAAAGAGUGCAGUACUGCAGCCAAAAUGUGUGUAAUUGUGCAUUAUAUUGUAAGGUAAACCACUCACAUUUGUAGGAACCUUAUUAUUAUCAUUGGCUCUAAUCUUUUUGGCUCCUGUGCCUUUACGGUAGCACGUCACCUUUUUCAUGAAUACAACACCACAGACUCUUUCCAAGAGCCUAAACUUAGCCCGGCUCUAUGAUAAAUCAGCACAUGGCCAGUGUAGGGUCUUCUAAUUACUCCACGUUCACCUGGGUGUAAUAUGAUAAGAUUCCGCCAGACCUCAAAGCUCAAGAGGCAUUUAUUAGAUAAAGCAAAAUAUAUGUAAAAUAACAAACUAUUAUAAAAGCAGUGAUCCUUGCAACAAAGGGCUUCUAUUAGUUUUAGAUUUAGAACCUCUACAGUAAAUCCCCACAUAUAACCCAUGUGAUGUAAUAUAAAAGAGCUGAAUAAAAAAAAAUAUAUAUAUAAACCUGAAAAUACAUCCCUGCUUGUUACUAGUUUAGAUCCUUCUUAAAACAAUAAUUGGUUUUAUGUAGUUAAUUUGUCAUAAAACAAAUCAUUUUUGUAAUUUUUACUUUUCCUGUUUUUUUAGGAGAAGAACGGUGUACAGAAGAUCAUAACUAUUGGCCCUCAUGGGACAGUUAAAGAGGACUCAGAACUGAAAGAACGAGUCAAUUUGGAAAAUGUUACUUUGAUAAUUAGUGGAGUACGUGUUCAAGAUGAGAGGACAUAUAUAUGUCAGGUGGAGAAGUCAAGUGUGGAUAUUACAGAAAGCAAAGUUCACUUGCGUGUUUACAGUGAGUAUAGCCAAUAUUUUAUUAUUAUUAUCAGAUAGAACUUGGCCGUGCUCAGGUUUAUCAUUCCUUGGGUUACAUAUGGUUUUAUCUCUUUAUUUAUUUACAGUUAUAACAGACCUUGCGUGAUGUGCUUUUCACGAUGCCAAUUUAUAAACGGAGAGAUGAUUGUUGAAUUAAAGUGCAUUAUAUAACAAUUUUUUUAAGUAAUAGGCAAGCCCAAUUUUUUUUUUUUUAACGGAAUGAGGAAGAUAUUUUCAUUUUUAACCUUUAUUAUUCUUCCAUAUUGCCAAAUGUGUAUGAAUAAGUGCUUGUAUAGUACAAAACAUGCACAUCACGAUGAGUAUAGGGCCAGGGUGAUUGUUUUUUUCAUUUUUUCAUUUUUUUUUUAUAUCUGUUGCAGUAUUGUGCUUCUUGUUUGUUAAAUUGAUUUUUUUUACAUUGCUACAAUAAAAGAAGAUUUUUACUUAUGCCCUGAGAGUGUCAGCAUUGUUGAAAGUUAGAACAACAUUUUUAACCUAAACCAACUGUUUUGCGUUUGUGCAGAACUAUAAAAAUUUCCUUAGCAAAAUCAAAGUAGAUCACAUCCACUGUAACACCCUGAUCUAUAUUUUUACUAAUGUAGAAAGUAAUUAGGUUAGUUUGGCAAUGGCCUGUUUUUCAUAAAACCGUGUUGAUUCCUACAAAUGAUAUUUUUUAUUAUUACUGACAUUUAUAGAGCGCCAACAGAUUCCAUAAUUAUAAAAUACAUGCAAUAACUUAAAUGCACAAUAGUUUUGAUCUAACACCUGUGUAGGAUUACCUUGCACCACACUAUAAAACAUACACAGAAAAAAACAUGGGUAAAGGUGGAGCAUAUACAUAAACAUAAAAAGUAAAAAUGCAAUAUAUAUAAAUAUAGUUCCAAUAGUGUUGAUAAAGGUGCUAAAUAAUACCGGACGAUGUAGAAAUAGUAAAUACAGUUCUGUAUUCCUUUUAUAGAAUCCUUUCUUGAGAGAUACUAAAGAGAAUAGAAAAAUCACAUAGUAUAAUAUUGUACAGGUAGUCCUCACUUUGCGACUUACCUGCAUAACGACGGCUCGGACUUACGACCAGCUCUGUAGUGUGGGGAUUCGAUCGAUUCCCCAUGUUAGAGAGCUGGUCUAUGUUCUAGGAAUUUUCCCCAAACAUAGAUUUGUGGAGUUCCCUGCGCUAGUGAGCUGGUCUAUGUUCAGGGGAAUUCCUCCGAACAUAGACAUGCUCUCUAGCGCAAUUAGUUUAGUCGUAAGAUCGGAAUCCGGUCGGUAAGUGAGGAUCAUCUGUAUUAUAAAGUAAUAAAUGAUGAGUGACUGGAUCUGCUCACAUAACAGAUAUAUCAUACCAGUCCUUAAGUACCCUUAAGAAUUCCAGUGAAGGAUAAUAUUGAUUAUUGGUGGUGAAAUAAACAAUUUAUUGGUACUUAACACACAACUUAGAGUAAAAAAAUGUUUUUUUUUAAAUAUGCUAGUAAUAUGCUAGUAAAGUUAAAAAAUAUAACUACUAUAGUUCAAUACGCGAUUCGCCCGAUGGCUUCCUCAGUUACAGAUAAUUGAGAAGCAUCAGAAGGACAUGAUUGUGUGUGCUGCACACUCCAACACAGACUGAAAGCAUAUGAUAAUCAUUAAUUAAAGUUAUGCAAUAGAUGAAAUGAAAUCAAAAUAUGUUAGUAUGACUAGAUAUUGUAUAUCAGUAAGCCUCAGACAAUAUUCAAAUAGUGAUCUCCAAUUGCUUGGGACCUUUAAGUAAGCAUACGGCCCCUGGAGGUAUGGCUUGUAGGUGAGAUUUUCCCAGUAUAGAAAUACAGUAUAUCUGUGCAUAUUACUGGGCAAAUAUUGCAAGAAGUGAAACUUGCGCAUUAAGCGUUGUGAUUACAGUGCAGUGACUGAAAAUUCAAAACAAGAGAGGCCUUUCCAAACAGUUUAAGGUGAAGAUGAAUUUUUUUUUUUUUUAAUUUAUUAGCUGUUUUUAUCUAUUUUUUUUUUUUUUUAGCAGUUUUCUUUCCAUUUGGUGGUGUCUUUUUAAAAAAAUAAAUUAAAAAAAAUUAGUUUUAUCAGGUCAUGUUCGUAUAUGACAUGUAUAUGACUACAAGAUAUUGCUCUCUCCUGGUGCUCCUCCUACCUCUCCCAGCGCUCUUUCAGUGUUUCUUUCUCUGGCUCUGCUUCUUCUCCCCAACUCCUCUCUGUUGGUGUCCCCCAAGAUUCAGUCCUUGGUCCUACUGUUCUACUGUAAACUCAUUAGCUCCUUUGGCUUCCAAUAUCAUUUCUAUACAGAUGACAUGCAAAUCUACCUGUCCUCUCCUGAUCUCUCCCCGUCCCUCUUGACUAGUGUAUCUGACUGCCUCUCUGCUAUUUCUAACUGGAUGGCUGCCCACUUCCUUAAACUAAACUUGACCAAAACUGAAAUUCUGGUCUUUCCUCCCUCAAGUGUUGUUACUCCUGUGUCUCCCUCCCUCCAAGUCAACGGUGCUACCAUCAGCUCCACCACGCAGGCUCGCUGCCUAGGUGUUCUCUUUGACUCCGACCUCUCCUUCAAGCCUCAUGUUCAAUCUAUCGCCAAAUCCUGUCAUUUCCAUCUCAAAAACAUUGCGCGCAUCCGCCCCUACUUAACGCCAGAUGCGACUAAGGUGUUGGUCCAUUCCACUGUCCUUUCUCGCCUUGACUACUGUAAUCCGCUUCUCAGUGGUCUUACGUGCUCUCAACUUGCGCCGUUACAGUCCAUAAUGAAUGCGGCGGCGAGGCUCAUCUUCCUGUCCGCCCGCACCUCCCAUGCCUCACCCUUCUGUCAGUCCCUACAUUGGCUUCCUAUAAAAUAUAGAGCUCAAUUUAAAAUUCUGGUUCUUGCUUUCAAAUCUCUACAUAAUGCUGCUCCCACCUAUUUAUCCUCCCUUAUACACAAGUAUGUCCCGUCUAGGCCCUUACGAUCUGCUGAAGACUUACAUCUAUCUUCUGUCCAUACUCCCCCCUCUGAUGCUCGCCUUCAAGAUUUCUCGAGGGCUGCACCAUUCCUGUGGAACUCGCUUCCCUCCUCCGUUAGAUGCUCACCCAGUCUCCACUUCUUCAUAAAAGCGUAUCAAUGAAACUGUUAAUAGCUCCCGACUGAUUCCUCUUCUGCAACUGUCACUAGUCUAAUACAAUCCUUACCUUUUUGUGUCAUUUUACCCCACUCUCUCUAGCAUGUAAGCUCAUUGAGCAGGGCCCUCAACCCCUCUGUUCCUGUGUGUCCAACUUGUCUGGUUACAACUACAUGUCUGUUCGUCCACCCAUUGUAAAGCACUGCGGAAUUUGAUGGCGCUGUAUAAAUAUCAUAAUAAUAAUAAUAAUAAUGACAUGAUUAGUUUUGAUCAAAAAAAGAAGAUUGAAGAAAAGAUCGUCAAUAAAGACUUCACAGUCCUUGUGCUGUUGUUGCUUCCUAAGCCAGUUUGGAACUUUUGUAGAGGGUGACGCAACAGAUGAUAGGCGAUAUUUACCUGCUUUGUGCUUUACCAUUCAAUGCCCUCGCUGAGUAUUCAUGUGCCACCACUUUGUGGCUGAGCUUUUGUUGCGUUUACACACUUUCACUAAACAAUAAUAGCACUUACAGUUAACCAGGGUAGAAUUAGUAAGGCCGACAUUUUACAAACUGAUGAUACUCUUCGGUACUACCCAUUGUACUGGCAAUGUCUGUGGAGAUUGACUUGCUAUGUGCUUAAUUUAAUGCACCUGUUAACUAUCGUUCACUUGCUAAGGCCAAUCACAUAGUGAAACAGAGAUGUUCAGUGGGUUAGCCAUUUUUACGGGCAUUUUAUGGUUGCUGUGGUGACAACUUACAUAGCACAUAUUCCUGCUAUAGUGCAUAUUUCAAUAUAAUACAUACACUUAAAUGUAUCUAUGGCUAAUGGUUUAUGUUGUAAAAGUAGAUAUUUGUGAGUCUGAUUAUCACCAUUUGUUUACAUAGAGGCUCCUGAGUUUCCAGAAAUCAAACUGCCUACAGCGGGAUUACCUGUGAAUGAAAAAGCUGAGGUAAAGCUCUUGUCCUCAUCAAAAUAUCUACCUUCACUCUUCCUUCAAAUGUGUUUACUCGUGUGGCCAAAGAGCAAGGAAAUUGUCUGGUUAUCACUAAAUAACAAAUGUUGAAAUUUUGUGCCUCAUUUUUUUCUAAUGUUUCUAUUUAUUCGUUUAUUAAAUUAUUUAUUCAAUAUUUUAUUGUAUUUUUAAACAUUAAUGAUUUAGUUUGAUAAGUAAAAAUAAAAGUUCCUUUAUGAUUAACGUAUAAUUAAGUGUUCAAAAAUUUUAAAUAAAUGAAUUUAUAUAUUUGGUAUGUUGAGGCAAUAUCAGAUUACAGAAACUAUCUUUUUUUUAAAAUAAACAUUUUUGAAAAGGUACAUACCCAAUCACUGCCCCUUUUAAUAGUGAACACUCCAUGAUAAACUUAUUUUUUUAAGUCCUAGUGAUUGUAGUAUAAAUAAUUAAAGAUUCCACCCAUUAUUAUGUGAAAAGAUUACAGGUACCUUCGGUUAAAGUGUGAGUCCAUAUGAGUAUGUCCCUACCCCAGCACAUGUUAGACAACUAAAAUGUUGUAUGUGUUGUGUCUUAUUAUUGUUAAAUCAUUUCCAAUGGAUGCUGAAAAUUCUCCUUGUUUCAGGUUGCAACUUGUGAAAGCAAGAAUGGCUUCCCAGCUCCAAACAUUGCCUGGUAUAAGAAUGGUUUUCCUCUUCAACGUGAUCAUGACGGUAUGUUAAACUCAGUUAUAGAUUAAAUGCUGCUGCUGUAACAGCAUUUGAUUGGUGUAGCAUUUUGCCCCACAUGCACACUAGUCUCCCAAUGUGUCCCUAUGGGUAAGCUUUGGAUUGGCUGAGGUCAUUAGUCUUAAUUAUCUCAGCCAUGGAGGCAGAACUGCAUUGUGGAGUUCGGUGCAAUGAGGGCCGAAAGGCAAGUAAAUCUUACCUUUCAAACCUUCACAAUAUAUAUUUCUCACUACAGUUGUAAUCAAAGUUAUUCAGCCCCCAUUAAGAGAUUGGAGAAAUCAUUAUAAGUUGCAUUUUCAGUUGAAUUUGGGGAAACCACUUGAAACAUUUGUUGUGUUUAGCUAUUUCAAUUGUUUUGUUUGAUUUUUUCAUUGCAAUUUUGAAAAUAAACCUAAUUUUUAAUGGGGGUUAAAUAAUUUUGAUUACAACUAUAUAGUGUUUCUUUAAAGCCAAAGAGGUUGAACUGGAAGCCUAGCUGAGUUAGAUAAUUUUUCCAGUUAGCUACCUUGGGUUUAAAUUGGACACAAAAUGAAUUCACUUUGAAUUCUCUACAAGUCUUAUUUUUGUAAAUAACCCUGCUAAAAUUAGAAUUCUGCCAUUAGGGUCUUUUGCUAUCAUGUCCUUAUUCUACUAUUCUACUGACUUUCUAAUCUUAAAGAGAUAUCCUAAGCACAAAAACAAUGUUAUCUUAAUGAAGCAGUUUUGUUGUAGAGAUCUUGCCCUCUCACUGCUUAAAGGGACACUCCAGGUACCCCAGACAACUUCUGCCCAUUGGAGUGGUCUGGGUGCAAACUCCCACUACCCUUAACCCUGUAAGUGUAAUUAUUGCAGUUUUCAUAAACUGCAAUAUUUACCUUGCAGGGUUAAAGGACCACUAUAGUGCCAGGAAAACAUACUCGUUUUCCUGGCACUAUAGUGCCCUGAGGGUGCCCCCACCCUCAGGAUCCCCCUCCCAAACUUACCUUUUUCCAGCGCUGGGCGGAGAGCUCUCCUCCUCCGAUCCUCCUCUUCUCCUCCCCGUCGGCUGAAUACGCACGCGCGGCAAGAGCUGCGCGCGCAUUCAGCCGGCAUUCAUAAUGCUUUCCUAUGGACGCUGGCGUGCUCUCACUGUGAAAAUUACAGUGUCUCAUUGACAGCCGCUAGUUUCUCUGAAACUGCUAUGUUUAUGAAAAAAUGGGUUAAGCCUAGCUGGACCAGGCACCCAGACCACCUCAUUAAGCUGAAGUGGUCUGGGUGCCUAGAGUGGUCCUUUAAGUCCUCCUCUAGUGGCUGUCUACUAGACAGCCAUUAGAGGACACUUCCGUGUGCAUAGAACACAAAAAGUGUUAUAACGACGCUGAACGUCCUCACGCACAAUACAUCACAAAUAGAGAUAUGCACAUACAUACCUACACAUAAAGCUUUGCAGUUGUCAAUGUCAAUUAAUUAAUUCAAUAAACUCACUGUAUUUGGAGAAGGAGUGUGCAGUUAGACUGCAGGGGCAUGAUCUAAACACAAAGACACUUUAUUAAGUUAAAGUUGUUUUGGUGUUUAGCGUAUUCCUUUAAUUAUUGCCCCCCUUAACCCUAACCCCAUUAAUAUUCUAAAAUUACAUUAUUUUCUGCUCAUACAUUUUUUUUUUUUUUUGCCCAAUAUCAAAAUGAAUUAUUGUCUUCAUUGAAAAUUCUCUUCUCUUCGACAGGUGUGGAAGUGUCAUAUCAGCAUACUCAAGAGUCCAGCGGUCUUUUCACAGUAAUGAGCAUUCUCAAUAUGCAAGUUGUUCAGUCUGAUAACGACGCUGUGCUUUACUGUGAGGUCUCGUACCAUGUUCCAGGAGGUGACUUUAUGAUGGAGUCGAAAAAAGAAAACCUCACAGUGUAUUGUAAGCACCAGCAAUGGUUUUUUUGUGAAUCACUGUAAAAAGUAAUCCUGACCUUAUUACACGUCUGAAACUGUAGAUUUUCAAUGCUGAUUGUUCUGAUCUUAUAUAGUCAUUGCGUGUAAUUGUGAUUGUCUGUAUUUGUCAUGUCUUACAUGUCUUGUCUUUAUGUGGAGUUUCUGACAUCAAUUUCCCUUUAGACCCCAAUACUAAAGUAACGUUAUAUAAGGAGAAACCAUCAGGAUCAGUGAAGGAAGGAGAUACUGUGGAACUGAGAUGUGUAGGUGAUGGAAACCCACAACCGGAAAUAACCAUCUCCAAGGUAAGUUCUUGGGGUGCUUUUACAGGCAUAUCAUUUUGUCCCACAAGUAUCACAGUAUCCUAUCAAUUGAUAUGUUUACCACUUCAUAAUAUUAAUGACAUAUUAUUCACAUUUCCUCUCCUUAAAAUGGAAAAAUCUCUUAUGAGUUAUUUUCUUUGAAGUGAUUAUGGUGGUUGUUGAACGCCGGCGAUGUCCCUCAGCUCACUGUUUAACAAGUUACUUCCAACAAUCUCAGCCUAUCACUGCGACCUGCUGCUAAUAAGGAUUGGUAUAGUUGUAUGACCAAAGGGUUGGUGUGCUAAAUUGAGAGUGGUCAUGUGAAGCUCUCAGACCAUCACUUGCACCCAAUGCGUUUUAGGUUAACAUGGACAUGUUAGCCAGAGAUAGAAGCUGUAAGGAGGUGCCAUUGGUGGCCGAGGACUCUAGUUCACCAUUGAACUGUAAGUAAAUGUUUUAACAGUGAAGCGGACAUUGUUGCCUGUGCACGCCUCUCCUACUAUUAUAACCACUUCACAGAGAUUAAAGGGAUUAUAUAGUGUAAGGGAUACAAAGUUGUAUUUCUUACACUAUAGUUCCCUCUGCUCCCCACCCCCUUCUAACACUCACCUGAUUCCAGCGGCAAUGUCCCUGGGUUGGCACUCUUUCUCCACUGACGUCCUCCGAUGGGGAUGACUAACACGUAUGCAAGUGCAUUAGCCCUCGCCAUAGGAAAGAUUGCUUCAAUACUUUCCUAUGGGGAUUUAACAAACGCUGGAUGUCCUCUUGAAGGGCAUCAGUUAUGCGGCCAAAAGUCGCUUAACCACCAGGAAGUGCUUCUAGUAGCCACUGCAGGCAGUCUUUCUGAAAAACCGCAAUGAUUUACGUUGCAUAACUAAGGGGGACAGGGACAGUGCACUCAGACCACUUUAAUGAGCUGAAAUAGUCUGGGUGACUAAAGUGUGCCUUUAAGAUAAUAUGAUGCCUGGAGUGAUGCUUUGUUUCUUUAAAAUAUGUAUGAAAGAGUUAGCUACCACCAUUACAAUAUAAUUAUAUCCAAGCACAACCACAAGCAGAGCAGAAACAUCUCUCACUGACAGGCGCAAAGAGCAGAGCUCAUAACAGUGAUUGACAAGGAGCCAACAUGUAAGCACUCAUAUAUAGAACAAAAUAUAUUUAAACAUUGAGAAUAGUAAACGUCAUAUUACAAAUCCUGAGAGCUGACAGUUCACCUUUAUGAAAUCUCUUACUAUGUUGCUAAUUUACCAACCCAAAGUUCAUUUAACAAACCUUCCGAAAUACUAUCUCAUUCUAUUUCUGGUCUAAUACUAUUUGAACAUGUUUUUUAUGCAGAAUCAAAGGAGUUACCAUCCUCAGACUGCUCAGUGUUUGCAAGUUAAAUUAACAAAGCAAAUUUUGCUAUUCUAUCUCACUGUUAAAAUACACCUACCAUUAAAAUUAUAGACUGAUCAUUUCUUUGUCAGUGGGCAAACGUUCAAAAUCAGCAGGGGAUAAAAUACUUUUUCCCCUCACUGUAUAAUUUACACACCUGCAAAUUUUGCUGUACACUUUAAAUACGGGGAUAUUAAUUUUUGUCUUGUCCUUUUUUGCCUCUGCUUUAUACCAUGGCCUCUUUUGCAAUUAACCGCGUGUAUCUAAUUGCCAUUUUAAGGAACACUCCAAGCACCAUAACCACUACCCCUGGCGCCAUCCCACAAUAAAAUGCCAAGCUUAUAACACGGUUUUACAACUUAUCUGGUUCUGGCUCCCAUACUACCUCUACCACAUCCAGUCUUCUCCAUCAGCAGAAGCUAAAUGUCUCUGUAGAGCCAGGAACUGAUUUAUAUGACAUGUGCCCAUAGGCAUUUUAAAGCAUCCUCUGCUUCUGAAGGUGCUUUCGCAGAAAUAAAGGAGUAAAAUUUCACCAUUUCAAAUUUAAGGGAGAAAAGGUAAGUAAACUCACUCUUCUGACCUUGCAGCAGAGGCCUGGUCAGCUAAAAGGUGACUAGAGCACUAUAGCCUGAGGAAUAAACUUUUGUAUGCAUAAUGCUAUCAUUUUCAUUUAAAUUUAGCAUUGGAGUACAUAGUGUGUUUAAUUAUUAAUAGUAGUUAAACUAGGUUUAAGGUAUGGGGUUUUGUUUCAAGUUUAGGCUUUGAGUACUUCAAUUUUGGAUAAGGAAAGAGUUUGUUUGGGUUUUGGGAGAGGUCAAAUGUAGGGUUAGAACAAAAAGGGGUUUUUAGAGUACAAGCCUGUGUAGUCUGUAGGCCUAUUUGCAAAGUACCUACCUAUGGUUAUAGUACCACUGCAGGAACUGAUAUACAGUGUGCACGACUCACUGCUGUGUCUACUCCUUCAGCAAGGCACUUCCUAUGUUUGAGGCUUUUAGUAGGUAAAAAUCCCUUCCCCUUUUUGUACAGCUUCACAUGCAGACACUGGGCGAGCUGGGACAGCACUAAGUUUACACCUUCUAUAACUGUUCCUGCACCUCUGAUAUCAAGCAGAGAAAGCUAACUGGACUACAGAGGACUCUGGCUGAGGGUCCUGGUACUUAUAUCCCCUCACCAGCCCACCUAAGCUCCAAAAUACAUAUUAUAAGUGCUGUAAAUAAGCACCCCAUAAGGAGAGGUGCCUAGUCAGCCUAAUGGGAAAUUCAGCCCUGUGUAGAGUAAGACGCGUUUGCCCUGUGAGUUUGAACCUGCCUGGUCCUGCUUUGUUCUGUAGAACAAUCUGCUGUCUCCUGCUUGAGAAAACUGGAUGUGAGAGAUGUAUAGUGGACACUCGGGUACGAGGUAAGUUGUCAAACCUUGGUUUGACAUCUUACAAUGGGACAGCACCAGGGCACCUCUGCUGCCAAAACCACUACAGCAGUCUACCGCGAUUACAGGACAAAAGCACUAUGACUGAGUACCUCAAGAAAUAAAAUGAAGUAAUUUGCCUUACCCUUCUAGCCCAAUUAGUAGUACAUAAAUCUAAUUGUAUUGUUGGUGUAUUUGUUUGAAAUGUAUGUGAGUUAAUGACACUGAUUAUUAAUGUGAGAAUUAAAAUUACGACUCUCCAAUACAAACAAACUGAUAAAUCAUUGACAUGAGAUAUAUAGCUGAUAGUAAACAUUACAAAACACCUGCACACAAAGCUAGUAUACCAGAGUGGGACCCUGCAAAGUGGGUCCGCUCUGGAACCAUUCUCAUCUGGGCCACAAUGAUAAUGCAUUAUUAACACUUAAAAUGGUUAAUUUCGGCCAACUUGAACGUCAUUGAUUGGCUGGUUUUGACAGUGCCGUUUUUUUUUGCCUUCAUGUGGAUCAGUUACAAAAACAGACAUGUGAUUAAACUUUAUUGCUCUUGAGUAAUUUUUCAACUUAGAUUAUUAUGUACUGUCAUCUUUACAUAGUUUCUUUGUUUCACUAAUAAUGUGGUCCUUUAAGAAAAGUAUUUAUGGGGAUAUUAAAAAACAACUAUCCUACACUUUUACUCAUCUUCACCUCAACCAUUUUUCAUGUUUCAUGUAGAUCGAGUUGUUUUCCUUUUCUUUUUGUUUAUGUCUUUCUUCCAUUUUCUUGUUUGGCAUCCAUUUUUUUCUUUCCCGUUUCAUUUAGAAAGAUACUGAUGGGUCUUCAUUGGUAGAACAGCCAUCACUGAUCCUGGAGAACGUUCAGCGUGGAGCCUCUGGUGGCUACGUAUGUACUGGAAUAGAUUAUAGUGAUGGUUAUCAUGAAGCAAGUGCUGAGAUAGAGCUCCAUGUACAUUGUGAGUCUUCCCUUUUAACGUCCUAACAUGUUUAAACUACAAGUCAUCAUUUUCUAUUUUAUUCUUUUUUUAUCUAAAAUUUUAAAUUUCUAUAAUUUACCCAUCACAAUUUAGAUUUAUUUUUUCAAUCCUUUUUGAAUUUCCCUUUUACUAGAUUUGGAUCCACCCAUAUUUUCUGAAAAGUCUCCCCUUCUGGUAAAUCUAGGAGAUCAUUUGAGUGUCUCCUGUGAAGUCAAUGGGUCAAGCAAAGCAGAGAUCGUGUGGCAGAAAGUAAGUCCUCAUUCAUGAAGUACAAACCGUGGAGAUAGUUGGUGGUUCUUCUUACUUUAAAUAUUCCCUCUUAUACAAUCUCAUUCUCUAGGUUUUUCCGUGCUUUUUGGUUCUUGUGCAUCUCUCUGAAAAAAAGCAAUGAUGAUAUUUGAUGACAUCAUAUUAGUUUAAUUAAACUAGUUUCUCAAGCUAUAUGUGAUUUCUUGUGUUAUACUUCUUACACCACAAUCUGUACUUUCUUAUGUUUCUUUUACCAAAACUCAAGGUGCGGUGUUUAACAAAAAAUGUUCACCUCUAAUUUGUGGUUUGCUUUUUUUUUGGGGGGGGGGAGGGAUUCAAAUAUUAUUUACUCUUAUUUCUGGAUCCUUGUGCCAUUCCUUCUUUUAUUUUGGCCUUUUGACUUCUACAGAAUGGAAAGGACUAUUUUCAUGGGACUUUACUGAAUCUGGAUGAAGUAGGUUAUGACAUAUCUGGAAAUUACACCUGUUUCGUACACUUAAUUGAUGUACCAGAGCUGAAUGUCACCAACAAUUUGGAAAUUGUAGUUGCAGGUAUUUAAGUAUAGGCUCUCUUGUUGAUGGAUCUAAUUAGUAUUCAUAAAUUGUUAUAAAUUACUGGAAAUAUACUUUUGCAGGAAAACCUGAUGUGUCUGUGAGCUCUAAGGUCCUGAGUGUAAAAGAGAACGAACUGGUGACUGUGACGUGCACAGCGAUUGGUUAUCCAGCAGCGGACAUCACCUGGUCAAUCAAUGGCUCAGUGGUAACAACAUAGAAAAAUUAAAAAUUAUAAAUAUCGCCCUUAUCAACUCUUAGAUGUUCACACCAAUGAAUUAGUUCUCUAAAUUCCUUUUUUACACUACUUUACCUCAUGUAUUUUAGCCCCUGUUUUUACAUUCUUAAAGGAACACUAUAGCAUUAGGAAUACAAACAUUUAUUCCUAACAGUAUAGUUUUCUGCUCAAUUCCCCCUUUUUACUUACCUUAUAUCCAGCAGGGCACCUGUCCCCAUUUCCUUGACCUCAGAUGAUCAGCCUAAAUGGUCUCAGUCCAUCCAGUGCUUCCCAAAAAUCACUGUGCUAAGCUAAUUAGAAUCUCAUCAUAGAGGUGCAUUACAUGAGUUUAUGGGUGGAAUUCAUGCAGAGCAUGGAGACAUUGAACAUAGGUCCUACAAAGAUUGCUGGUCCAGUCCAGGAAGUCCCUCUGUUGGCUGCCUGAGUGACAGUCACUAUAGGUAGCAGUGCCUAUUCUCAGAAAAUGCAGAGUGUACACUGCUAAUACUGCUAGGGCAGGCUAUAAGCCCCAGAACCACUACAUUAAGCUGCAGUGGUUUUGGUAACUAUGGUUGUUUAAUUUGCCUUUAAUCUUGAGUCUCCUGUCCUCCUUCUCUUAAAUUUAUCUUCUCUGUUUGCAGCUUUUCAGUCAUAGUGUUAUUGUAUGGUGUCCUUGUACUGUCCUCAUGCCUCUGUAAUGUUGCAGGAUGGAAAUAUUGAUGAACUUGAAGUAACCAGUGAGUUGACAUUCAGAGUAACUCAAGACCUUGUCAACACAAGCAUUAGCUGUGUGGCUACUAACUUGUAUGGCAGCAGUGAAGAAGAGAUCCAACUGGAGCAAAGUAUGUUACACAUUAAACAGUUUUUAAUCCUAUAUUAUGUUUAUUUUGUAAAUAUAUAUUUUUCUAUAUGUCUUCAACUGAGUCACAACCCCACUUGUUGCUGUGUGCCAUAAACAUUACAGACAGAAGGAUUAUUCAGUAAAAUGGAAAUUAUAGAGAGCUGAGAAGAAAAUUGUAAAUUCUAACCUAAAAUAGCCAAAUAGGAAAAAUAUUCUAAUGCUUUUAUUUUCACAGCUUGACUCUUUUGGCUUAACAAUUUGCUAUUCAUUUUCCGAUUCUCCACAUUCCUCAUUUAUUUAAAUUAACAAAUAAUUAUUUAUUAAUUAUAAAAUAUUUUACCAGGAAGGAUACAUUGAGAUUUCUCUUGUUUUCUAAUAGGUCCACUAACACUGCAUCGUUACAGUAGGGUACAGUACAAUAUUAGAUAGCUCUAGUAAAUGUGAGUGAUAUUAUAUUAAAUUACCUUAACACUCACCCACUGGACAUACCAUAUUUCACUAUUAUUUCUUUUUGUUCCUUUUGUUUUUGAGGUCUGCUGUAUAUACUACUUUGAAUACAAUUUGUGUACGUUUAUAAUUUUUAUACUUUACUAUUUGGGGCGCGGUUUCCUUCCACCCUUUUCUAUACAAUAUAAUAAUAAAAAUACAAAAUAAUAUUAAUACAUAACACAUAUAAAUUGAACACAAAAUGGGUAAGAAGUAUAAUCAACCAACGUGCAUUCUGUUAUGAGAUAUGUUAAGAGGGACCUCUUAAAGGAUUUUAGACUUGAGGAAAAUUUGAAAGUGUCUGGGAGGUUAUUCCAUAAUUGCUCUAUAGGAAAAUAAGUAUUGAGCAGCUUUAUUUUUGGCUUAAUAAAGUGCUGGUACAGAAUCGGAGGUUAUAGGAGAUAGAAACAGUCAGGAGAACAUCCUGCUCAGCUGGGAUGGGAGCUUCCUAGAAAAGCUUUUAAACACAAGGCUGGAAAGAUGAAGAUGAAGUCUGGAUUCCUGCGAUAGCCAGAAUAACCCCUAAAGUUGAAAAUGGCAGUCCUUAUAUAGUAUGGAGAUUCGCAGGCAUAAUGUGACAAAGCACUGUCCAGCCUUGCAUGAGAGUAAUAGGCAGAGAGAGCUGGGCUAGCUUGUCCCCAACACUGUCCGCUUAUCAUUGCUGUGCAGUAUGGAAAGUAUCACUUUUUUUUUUUAUUAUUUAUUUUUGUAGUGCUCAGUUAAGUUAACAAGCUUGUAACGACAUUUAGUAAGAAAAGCAGAAUACAAUGAGGUUAUUAGCAGGAUUAUCAACAAAGUCAGAAAUGCAGCUCUUUUUUUGUUUAUAGUAUGAGAGACAUUGGGUCAACUGUACAUUGCAUAGGAGUGCUGGUGAGUGAAAUCAUAGUAAAGUAUUUACAUAUUUACAUAUCCAAAUCAACUAUGUUGACGAACUUAGGUAGGGUGAGUGGCCUGAAUAUGAUAGGCAAACUAGAAAUCAUCACAAGAUUUACAUGUGUAAGUGUACCCCCUAGUGUAAGCCACAAGCUUAUCUGUCACACGGGAAGGGACAAUCGGCUGAGCUGCCCUAUAAUAGUUUUGCUGAUGAGCCAUGCCGAGGCAUGGAGGUUUGUGCUUAGUGGCAGGUGGGUGAUACUGAAGAUUGGAGUCUAGGGUGGAAGAUAUCACUUUUGAUAACAAAGAAGCAUACACUGAUCAACCACAACAUUAAAAUCAUCUGACUAAAAUUGUGUAGGUACCUUUUGUCCUGCAAAAACAGCUGUGAUACAUCGGGUCAUGGACUCCACAAGACCUCUAAAGGUGUCCUGUGAUAUCUGGCACCAAGACAUUAGCAGCAGAUCUCUUAAGUCCUACAAAUUGCGAGGGGUGGAGCCUCCAUGUGUGGUGACAUUCUGUCAUCAAACUAAUAUGGCGACCAGGGAUCAUGUGACCUAGCUCAUGUAUGCCUUUCUUACAGUGGGAUAAGCUUUACCUUUUGAUAUGGUAAUUCAAUACCUUUACAAGUCAGGAAAGAGGUAACCACUUUCCCCUAUCUCCAUUCUUCUCUGUUCCUUCUUGUCUGUGCUACUGAGCAGACCCUUAAGCAGACAUGGCCUAAUUUCUAUCAUGGUGAACUGUGAGUGGGAUUUUAUAAGAUGUAGUUGUUAUUGUUAGUUAGGUUGUUGUUGCUGUUGUUGUUUUUGGUGGUAUAGUUAGUUAGAUUGUGUGUCAUUAUUUGUAUGUUGUUGUUGUUUUGUCUCUGAAUAAAUAUUUGUUAAAGUAGACGGACCAGAGUUUAUACGUGUAUGCGUACAUAAUAAUUUAUAGAGUUUGGUAAUACACCACACCAUGGAUCGGAUUUGUUAUUCCUGCACAUCCCACAGAUGCUCAAUCAGAUUGAGAUAUAUGGAAUUUGGAGGCCAAGGCAAAACCUUAUUUAUUUAUUACUGGUAUUUAUAGAGCGUCAACAGAUUCUGCAGCGCUGUACAAUUAGUGGAGAACGUACAACAUACACAUACAAAUACAAGAGGUAGAAAGAGCCCUAAAUGUAAGCUGAUAGUGCAUUGAUAGAUGGCCCGUGAGCUUACAAUCUAAAGGAUACAAUUGGGAUUUGAGACAAGAGGUUGCAGGGGAAAUUAGGAGGUGAUGGCUAAAAGAGUUAACAGAGAAGCAGCUAUUGGUAAAAUACAAAGGGAAUGAAGAGGUAAUUGAGUGAGAAUCUCAAACAGCUGGAGGAGCAGGCUAUAUAAUUAGGGGGAACCUGGAUGGGAGGGAGGAGGGUAGGGUUGGUGGGAAGUGGUGAGAAAGAAAUGCAGAGCUUUACUGAGUUUGAAGUGAGGCCUGAAGAACAGCUAUGGAGAUAGAACAGUUAUAUGAAGGUAUUUACAGCCAGGGUGAGCAUUGGGGGAGAGGAGGGGAGGGGUCGAGUAGCAAUGUGUUGAAAAGUUUAGCAACCAAAUUCUGUCACCCAAAAUAUUAAUAAAUGUGUGCAUGAAAUAUUGGUCAGAAACAUUAAAUGACAAUAAUCCAAACUGCAUGCACAGAAAAUUACAGUGGCAAACUACAGGUAUACAUGGUAACAAUUCUAUAGCAACAUGAUAAUAUGGUAGCAAUGUAAGAAUAAAUGAGGUGGAGUAUCUUCCAAGAUUCAGUCCGUACCUGAGAGUGGCAGGAUUUUGUGCAGGAUGUUAAAUGCAGAGCUUCACUGAGUUUGAGUGUGAUGUGAGGCCUGAGAGUAGUAGGACCUUGGACUUUUUGUUAUGUUCCUCAAACUACAAAUGUUGUGGCUGAUCGGUGUAGUUUUUGCAUUAUCAGAGCGGCCAAACAACAUGUAGGCUAUUAAUUCCUGUUGUUUGUCAAGCUACUUAAAAACAGUUUGGCAAAAAAAGAUAGAAUUAUUGAAAAAUGAAAUAAAAAUUUCAUGCAGACUGUGUCCGUCACAGCCAGGGGAGGUGUGGCUAAGGCUACAUAAACAGAAACAAAAGUGAUUCAACUCCUAAAUGGCAGAGAAUUGAGCAGUGAGACUGCCGGGGCAUGAUCUAUAAAUCAAAACUGCUUCAUUAAGCCAAAGUUGUUAUUAUGCCUUUAAGGCCAAAGUAGCCGAACCAGAAGCACAGCUGACUAGAAGAAUUUUACCAGUGCAGCUAUUUCAGCCUUAAAUUUAAAAUUCACUUUGAAUUCCUAACAAUCCUCACUUUAGUAAAUAACCCUGUGAGUCUAUUGAGGUUAAUAUCUACCAGCUCUUCACAUUUUCUGGUGUCUGCUCUGAGUAAUUUCUCUCCAUUCUUGCCUAAUUUGCUCCAGGUGGUUAAGGUUGGUUCGGUAGUGCUUGUCAACUGCAUUCUUUACACAAUUCCACUGGUUCUCAAUAGGACUGAGAUCAGGACGUUGCCACUAUAGGAUAUUCACAUAUUUGUUAUUGAGUUAUUGCAAAGUUGCUUUUCCGUUGUGCUUGGGAUAAUGGUCUUGCUGAAAGGUGAAAUUUCUCCCAAACUUCAGCUUUUUAGCAGAAUGAAAAUGGUCCUCUUGCAGUAUUGCUCCAUCAAUUCUUUAAUUCUCACAAGACUCCCAGACUCUACUGAUGUAAAGCAUUCUCAUAUCACAGCAUGAUGAUGCCACCACCACACAUCACUGUGUGGAGAGCGCAUCUUGACCAUGGGCAGUGUUUUGUUUGAAUUGUUGCCAAAUUCAAUUUUUUAUCUUCUUUUUGUGACUAUUCGAUCUCUAAUUGCUGUAGAAUGAUGUUUAGUUUUAAUUGACUCAACUUUCAUUAAAAUCUGCAGCCUAGCUAAUAAUCAUUAUCCAGAAAGCAACUUUAUUCCAAAGUAAAUCGCUUUUCACGUUCAUGGGUCACAUGUAGAGGUCAAUUGAUAGAUAAUAAUAUUACCGUAAGGGUAUUUCUUGCCUUUGCAUAGACGUGAAGCUUUCGGCAUAGAGAGGUUGAAUAUAUUUACAAACUACAUUUUUUUUUCUUCAAAUAUUUUUUAACACGAAACCAAUUUCACCUUAAAAUAAUCCAUAUUCAAAAAAAGAAUGGAUCAGUGGAGUGCUACAUCGACCGCCAGCAUCGUCAUACCAGUAAUAAAUACCAAACAAAAAGAAUGGCCCAGCACUCUACAAAUAAUGUUGUGUUGUUUUAUUUAGUACAUAUCACGAAGCAUACAAACAACAUUUCGGCUAACACAAAAGCCUUUUUUAAGCUUUUUGAAAAAAGUUCCUGUGCGAGUUGAAACAUCGCUGUUUGUAUGCUCCCUGCUAUGUACUAAGUAAAAUAACACAACAAAUAUUUUUGUAGGAUGCUGGACUGUUCAUCUAAAAAUAACGAUUUUUACAUUUAAAUAUUUUCAGUUCACACAAGUAUCACACAGAGCAGAAAAUCAAUAUAUAGACUGUUGUUUUCAGUGAAUAUUCAGAAAAGAGAGGGAGAGGGAAGGCGUGUGUAUGUAUAGAGAUGUAAAUGGAUAGAACAUUAAAUAAAUUUUGGAGUAAAUUACUAUUCUGUUUUUUUUUUCCAUACCCAGGUGCUGAAAUGACUGAUUCCACAGUAAUACCUGUGAUAGGUAUGUACAUGGUAAUAAUGGUAUGAAUUCUUAUAUGUUGGCAACAACUGUCUUUGUCAUGUUUCACAUCAUGGUUAUUUCCAAGUACUCUUCUUGGUUGACUCUCUGAAAACCCUGGACCGAGUACGUAGACUCUUCUUGGGCCUCUAGUUUUAUAGUUGUAAUUCUGCUUAAAAACUCAUCACAUUUAAGGUACAGCCAGGGGCAUUGUAUGACUAAUCCUUUCUACCGAUUCUCUCAAUUAUAUAAUAACAAAAAUAUAUAAUUAUGUAAUGAUUUAACAUAGAAAAAGUCAGUUUUGAUUAGCAGACAAAUAUAGAGGGAAAUGAGCCAUGAAAUACAUGCUUGGGCUAAAGCCUCUAGUCUUUUUGCCAACACCAGCAACCCCUCUGGUGACACCCCAAGAUGAAGAUAAUCUUUUUGAUAAUCUUUAUCUAUUAAAGAAUCUCCACAGAGAAUAAAGAAAUAGUCAUGAGAAAAUAAACCCCCAAGACACAGAACAGACUUGAGGUAAAAGCGUGGAAGAACCACCAAUUCUAAGAACAUACCCUCAAAAGACGGGACAAAGGGUAUGCCUCAGUGUUUGGCCGAUAAACUAAUAAUAACUAUAGCAGGUUUAGGAGACUCCCACCCCUUACACAACAACAUUGGGGAGACCUCCUUAGGUAAAAAGGAGGCAUAUUUCCAUAAGGACAAAUAAGAAAAACAGAAAUUAGGAAACAAAUAAAGAAAAGAAAGUGAGGUGAUUGGGGGAAGGAGGAGAAGGAAUGGAUCCAGGGAAGACCCAGUAGGCAAUAAUGAGUGAAGCAAACUAAAAAAAAUGUACCCUGUAGAUUGUAGCUUGAUACAAACCCCAUGCCAGCCUGAAACAUAAGAAAUAAUAAGUACAUGACAUACUUGAGCCAAAUCCUUGGGUAGAUUUAGAUAAUAUUUUUCACUCUGGGACAGCGAUCCUGCCAUACAAAUAUAAAAUGAAAAGAAAGGUCAAGGUAUUUUAACCAGAGUUUGAAAUAAAUACAAAACCCUGGGCAACACUUUAAUUUUGAUCGUGUUGACUCUUCCAAACCAGGAGAUGUACAAUGAUCUCCAGUUCUGUAGAAUGUUCCCAGAAGAUUAGGAAAAUUUGCUGUUUAGCCUGUGAAACAUUAUUUGGCAUUCAAAUGCCAAAUAUAUUUUAUUGUCCGCAAACACCACCAAAAAAAAGUCCAUGUACACAAUAUAGUCUCGCACCCUCCCCCUCGGAGAACAACUAUUAAGAAUAUCUGACUUAUCCACGUUCAAUUUAAGACUGAAUAGGGAGCCAAAUGAACAAAAUUCAUGCAGAAUGUUAGGAAGGGACUGCAUUUGUUGCUCCACAAUGAAACAACAACAAUAAGUUGUCCUCAUAUGCGGCCAUUGUGCUCAUUCAGGCCACAUUGAAGCCCUUGGAUACCACCAUUUUGCCAAAUUAAUUCAACAAAAUGACUCCAGCAAAAGAAUGAACAGAAAGGAGAAGAGGGGACAAUCUGGCCAGGUUCUGUUGACUAUCCAUACCUACAUCGGCUAAACACCAAUAAUUUAGAAACUGUCAUUUAGAGUCGUGUAUAAGGAACCAAUUUGACCAUCUGAGUGCCAAAACCUAUGUGCUGUUAAUGUAUCCCUGGUCCACUAGGUUGAACUCCGUUGCAGCGUUGGUAGCGUGGAGGAGGAAUGAUCUACCCUGUUUACAGGCAGAGUGCACAAUAUCAAAAGCUCUAGUUGUGUUGUCCUUUGCCUUUCUGCUAGGGAAAAAGCCAACUUGGUCCGAAUGGUCUAGGGAGAGGACCAGCUGACGCAAUCUCAGGGCGAUCAGUUUCGAAAGGUUUUUUUUUUUUCCUUCCAAAUUUAAAAGGUAAAUGGGAUGAAAACAAGGUCAUUGCUUUGUGUCCUUACAGUCUUUGGGAACUAUAGUGAUAAGAGCAGUCAGAGAACCUCCUGGGAAGGCACACCCUCAAUGAUGGAGCUAAAACCCUGUAGCAUGUGCUGCAAGAGAAUCUAACCAAAACUUUUGUAAUAGCACCACAGGAAACCAUCAAGAUGCCUUAUUAACCUGUAUCAACUUGAGUGCGUCUUGCAAUUCUUCCAUGGUGAGCAGAAAGUCUAGGAACUCAGUGUCUUCCUGGAAUAACGUCUAGUGACAUUAUCAUAGAUAGAAAGUGAACUAUCUCAGGGCUGAGCUGCUGGUGCUAGGACUGAGGUAGCUUUGUAUAUUAAAUUAAAGCAAUGAGUAAUAGGAAUGAAAUUCCUUUGCAAUGUAAUCUGGGUUAGCGGAUUGUUCAUUUUGUGAAUAUGACCUUGUGUUCGCUUCUUCUGGGUAAUUCUGGCUAGUAAUCUGCCACAUUUAUUACAGUGCAUGUAGAAAAAGCAAAUAGAUUUGUGGAGAGCAGGUACUUCUGAGAGAGAAGAUUAUGUAGAUUCCCAGGUAUGAAUAAGAGUUUCCAGUAGGUUGCAUCAGCAAGAGUAGACGUGUGAGAUUGUUCAGCUUUAGCUAUUUUCACAGCCAAUGUUGCCAUCAAUUUAGAGAAUUUUCUUAAAAGGUAUUUCUGAAUAAAUCGACCUCUGACAUUACAUUUGUAUUUCUCCCAAGGUGUGAGCCGGGAGAUAUUUCUCUAAUCAUUGUACUGGAAGUACUGAUUAAGGGAACCACCAAUCACUGACGCAGGCUUUGCAGACUCAGACAGUCAUGGUCCUUAUAGUCUUUUCUGUAGGUGUACUGUGGAUACAUCGCAUAAGUCUGUUCAACAACGGUUUACGGAAUGUGUUCAGCACUCGUUAGUACUUUCAUUCAUAAAAUUACAUGAAAGAUGCUACUGUACAAGCUAACAGAAGCAGCAAAACCAGAGCAAUGAGCCUAGGUGCUCAUAGUUCUAAAAAUUACCCUCUAAUGUAAAUGUACUUUUAGACAAGGUUUCAACCACAAUUUAAAUUCUAUUGUAAGAACAAAAUAUGCAGGUUGACUUACUAGAGGCCCAGGCGAUAUGUUUUUGGUGUUAGGGCAAAGUUACUCCAAAAUGCUAUUUGCUAAUUGCCAUAAUUCAUUAAAAAAAAAAAAAGGUUGAAAGCAAUUUGUUGCUAAGAUAAGGAUGCAAUUCCAUAGAUAAGUACCAUUUUAUUCUUUGCUUGAUGUGCCAUUCUACACUGUGAGACUUGCAUGCUGUAUGGGUCCCCAGUAGUCACUCCUGCAAGCUGCAUGGAGUUAUAUAUAUAUAGGAUUGAUGGAAGGGGCCCCUGUACAUAUUGCAAUCAAAACAAGGGUCUCUCGUUGCAAAAAUAUGACAAACCAUCAACAUAGCAACAGCUGUCUCACGUAUGGCUGUCACUGACUGGUGCUGGCACACCAUACUUCCUGCUUCAGCAGUUGUCAGUUUGAUUGUGAACGGGAUGAAAGUAAUUAUCGUGUAUAUCGGCAGAGAUACGCACCUGCAUUAUAACUUUUACUUCCAUCAAAAAAAGAAAAAUUUGAAAUAGAAAUUUUAAAAAUAUAGGUACAAACUACAGGUGCAGAAUAGAGAGCAAGAGUGAUGUUCAUUGGGGUUCAUUGCAUAUUGUCUGGCAAAUUAACGGAGUUUGAAAAAUUCUCAGCUAUAGUCACAGCUUGUUAUAAUAACCACAGCUGGUUAUUUUUAACAAGUUUGGUUUUCGGUUUUCAAUUUUCAAUUCCCUUGUUGUUUAGUGAAAACAUGGUUUUCAAAGCUCAGAGGAUCUGUUUGUCCAACUUCGGCAGCUAUAACAAAUAUAACUUGGCACAGGAUAUAUAGCAGUACUCUUCCGUGUUACUUUGGAGUGUUUAUUCGUAAAUAAAACCCUAAAAAGUUGCCAGACAAAUAAAAACCUCUACAGAUAUGAAAGAGAGAAACUGUGUCUCAGUAUACAAAAUAUAUUUUUUACACAUUAUUUUACUUUAACUUUUACUUUUAACUUUAUUGUCUUGUCUUUUAUUCUGUGUUUUUAUGGUUGGAUAUUAUUUAAUUACAUAUAUUAUUUUUAACAGUACCAUUUAGUAACUCAGUUGUAUAACUUCAUUGACAUUUGGGAGUUAAAUCACAUUGUGUAUGCGCCCAUAGCCACACCUCCUUGCAUGGGACUUGCACAGUAUUCCUAAACACUUCCUGUAAAGAGACAUCUAAUGUUUAUACUUCCUUUAUUACAAAUUCUGCUUAAUUUAUAAUUUCUUAUCUCCGACACUGUUAAUAGCUUGCUAGACCUGGCAGGAGCCUCCUGUAUGUGAUUAAAGUUGAAUUUACAGAGCAGGAGAUAAAAACUAGUAAAGUAAGUUAACAUGUGAUUGAAAAUUAAACCAUUGUUUACUUGAUAUAAAAACUUUUAACCCUUUUCCUUAAGGGGUUAAAGAAAGUUAACAUGUGAUUGAAUAUUAGACCAUUUUUCCAUGCAGGCUGUGUCAGUUACAACCAGGGGAGGUGUGGUUAGGGCUGCAUAAACAGAAACAAAAGUGAUUUAACUCCUAAAUGGCAGAAAAUUGAGCACUGAGGCUUCAGGGGCAUGAUCUAUACACCAAAACUGAUUAGUUAAACUUAAGUUGAUGAAAACAAGAGGGAAUCUGAGAAUAUAGUAUUAAUCUAGUAUCUGAAUAAGGGAAAGGGAGCUAUUGCUAUGCUGCUGAUAUAUAGAAGGUACAUGUAAGUUUCUAUGCUGCACUAAGUGGGUUAUUCACUAAGUACCAAAUUCAGUCCGAAUGGGGAAAAUUGGCUUUAAAAAAAAAAGGUAACUGAAUUAGCAACUCUCAUAUUUAUUAAUUGCACAUUUGACUUGAUUCUACUUAAAGGCAAAAUCGAAAAUAAAAUAAAUUCACCUAAAUCUAUUUAAAUAAGAAAUAUCUAUUUACUGAUAGGGCAAGAAGGCAGCUUCAAAUAGUUAAAAUCGUCUGCAGUGCCAGGGUUAAGUGUGUGACAGCUUUAAAAAUAAAUAAAUGAUAAAAGCGUAUGGGGACCCCUACAUAACUGUUGGGGAAAUUUAAACCCCCCCUCCCAGCCAUGACUUUUAGUUGAGCUAUUUUCUUAUAGCUCAACCGUUAAUAUUCCACCCCCUGAGCAGUUGGAUGAAGUAUAUAUAUCAUAGGAAAUAUGGGUCACGGGUUAUUGGUCAUCCUUAUUCUUUCCCACUUCCCAGAAUAACUGUUUGGCAGCUAUGGAUGCUAAGCCACUAACCCAUCCCAUAAGCAGUAGGAUGGGGCUUGAAAAAAUACUCUGAGAUAUCCUGUGCUGCCCCGCCCUCAUAUUGGGUGGGGGCACAUUAAAUAGUCCGGAGAGUAGACAUGCCAUCAUUUACCCAAUACACAAGAUCUAGCGCACUCACUCAUCCACUAAACAGCAACUUCAAAGCUCACAUAUUUAAUAGUUUGCCAUCAUUUACCCUCCUUGCAUCUUGGGCAGCAGUUGGAGGCUAAGUAAUAAUAGGAGAUGGAUAAACCAAUUGCCCAGCCAUGGAGGGGUGGAGAACUGACAUAUUCACCACACUAGGAAAGCCCCCACCUACUGCUAAUGCAAAGGCUUGACCACCCUGUCCCACCUCCCACCCCCCCCACCAGUCUAGUCAAUGUGCUUCCAUCUGAUGCCAAAGAUAGGGACAUGUGGGGACCAGUAGCAUUCUCUGACACUCCAAGAUGGAAUGAGGCCUGUAGUGACUUAGGCCUUGAUUUAAUAAGUUUUCCAAAUAAUUCAAGACUGUUAAAAAAAAACUUUGCAAAUAAUUUAGCUACAGAAGUUACUAUUAAAAUAUAUAGAAAUGUCGGUAGAUUACUAAUUUGGAAAGUUUUUCUAAUAGUAUUGAGUAAUUUGGAAAGCUUAUUAAAUCAAUGCCUUAGUUAACCAUAGCUGCCCAACUACUCCCCCUAAUUAAGGGAUUAAGGUAGGAUUGGGGAGAGGUUUUCCUUAUUCCAAUUUGAAUAAUAACCCAUACCAUACCAAGUGGGGAUUAAAGACAGAUGUGACCCCCAUAGGCUUUUAUCUUUUUUGGGUUUUUUCAAAUUUUUUGUUGUCGGCUGGCUAGAGAGAGCUGGCUAGUCUCUACGUACUUAACCUUUGUACAGUCAAGGAUUCAUAAGAUAUAUGCCCACAGACUUUUAGUGCUGCCAGUGAGCAAACUGAUUUUAACAAUCUGAUCCUGAAUUUAAACCAGUCUGAAUGCCCCCUGAACUGAGCUGGUGUAUUUUUAGUAAUGCAAAUUGGGGUCUUUUGGACAUUGGUCAAUACACCACUAGAGGUGUCUUGGCUGAAUAUAGAGAUGAUCAUCUGUACAAUUUGUUUUUUCUUGUCUUUUGUUUUUUAAAUUUAUUUAUUCUUUGUUUUCAAUGUUGGAUAUUAUUUGAUACUACUACUAAUAAUUUUUUUUAUUUUUUUUAUUUUUUUUAAAACACACAGACCUUGUUACCACAGCAGUACCAGAUAGCGACUCAGGUGUGUUCCCUUAUUGACUACAUGGCACCUUAUUUUGAAAAAGUGUCAAAUAAGUUAUGUAUGAAAUGGAAAGAGGGAAACAGCCUAUUUCCACCUUUUCUACAUUUCUUUCUCUGUUGUUCUUUUAAACAUACACUGUUCAGCCACAACAUUAAAACCACCUGCCUAAUAUCAUGUAGGUCCUAAUAGUGUUGCCAAAACAGUUUUGAUGCAUCAAGGCAUGGACUCAACAAAACCUCUGAAGGUGUGCACCAAGUAUCUGGCACCAAGACAUUAGCAGCAGAUCCUUUAAGUCCUGCAGGUUUCAAGGUGGAUCAGAUUAGUUGCUCUAGCACAUCACAGAGAUGCUCAAUCAAAUUUAGGCAACACCUUGAACUGUAGCAAAGCGCUAAUCCUGACAAGGACCAUACCUCCGCUGGAUCUGUGAAGACAGGAACUUUGGAACGACACAAAGUUCUGGGAGUACAACUGAUUUAUUCAGCACAAACUCAACCUUUUAUGCACAGAACCCCAGCAUGUGCAUCCACUCAAAAUAUACACAAACCCCUCCCAGGUGUCCCUGUGUCUGUGAGAUAAUUAAGUCUAAACUGAGUAACUCCAUUAUCUCUCAGAUACAGGGAAAUACAUGAAACAUACAUAAAACACCCCAAAAACAUAGUCAUAUUUUACAGGAACCCCACAAGUCUAAUAUCCGAAUAGCCCAGAUCUGAGCGCCCAAGCUGUUCAAAUAUCGUUCAGAUCUGUUCGGUAGAACGGAAUCGCCAUUCGGGUAAAGUUCUUACUGGCCGACCACGAGGUGAUAGUCCAAAACAGUUCCAGGGAAUUGAGGCAGGGCCGUCUUUAAAGGGGGGCAAACAGGGGUGACAGCCCCGGUGGCCAGUUAUUCCUGGGGGACUCAAGGUUGCUGCCCUGUGUGCCCCCUGCCGGCAUCCAAACCCUGUGGGCUGCGGCACCUGAUGUAAUCAGGGGCUCCCAGCCCUUUAACAAUGCUCCGGACCGGGACCUUUUCAUGUUGCCUGCUGGGAGGAAGUGAGGUGAGAUCACUUCCUCCCAAGUAACAGAGUGCCACUGGUGAGGUGGAGGAGGCAUACACAAGAUGAGAAGAGGGACUAAGGUAGUCAGACUCCCAUCAGACUUGGCCAUCCAGCUCCGACUGGACCUCAGGGAGGGUGGCUAAAAUAGGAUGUAAUUUGAUAUGUGUGUGUGUACCUGGGUCUGAGUCAGUGUAUCUGGCUAUAUCUGUGUGUGUCUGACUAUGUGUAUGUGUACCUGACUGUGUGUGUGUGAAUCUGGCUGUGUGUGUGUGUGUGUGUGUAUAUGGCUGUGAGUAUGUCAGUGUGUGUGUGUGUGUGUGUGUGUAACUGGCUGUGUAUGUAUCUGGCUGUGGUGUGUGUAUGUGUCAGUGUGUACCUGGCUUUUUUUGUGUAUCUGGCUGUGUAUCUAGCUAUGUGUGUAUCUGGCUGUGUGCCAUUGUGUGUAUCUGGCUAUAUGUAUCUGUGUGUAUCUCUGUGUGUAUGUGUAUCUAUGUGAAUGGGGGGCAGGAUUCAGCGGGUCCGAGCAAAUGCUUGCCCAGGAUCCAAUCGAUAUUAAAGACGGCCCUGAAUUGAGGGAAACAGCUACUGUCUACUUUCAGGGGUUCCUGUGCGAACACCGACGAACGCUCACCCUGGCUUUUAGGGAGCGAAUGCUCCCCCCAGUCAGUAGUUUUUAUCUCCCGAACGUCGUUCAUCUAGCUGGUCAGGAAGUGGGACAGGCAGCGGUACAAUCUUUGCCCAGGUUCGUGGACUAGUGUGGCCAAAAAUAGUUCCAGGUGUUCGACGACCAUGUACCACUUACCUGUGUUCAGGAGACAAAAUGACUGCCAUUCACUGGAGCACAUGCGUUUGGUUAUAUGAAUGACGGCCACCCAGGAAAAGCAGUCGAGUUAAUUACUUAAUUGCGGUUAACAGCCAGGGAUGGUUGGUGUUCAGGGAGGUAUAAAAAGGGGAACCACACACCAUCCAUUUGGGAGACGAACAAGGGGGUAUGGACAACCAAACAAAAAGGAAAGGAGUCUGCUACAUGAACUCUUAGUCAUGUUCCUCAAACCAUUCCUUAACAUUUAUUGCAGUGUGGUAAGGUACAUUAUCCUGCCAUCAAGGAACACCAAUGCUAUGAAGGGAUGUACUUGGUCUGCAACAAUCUCUAGGUAGGUGGUACGUGUCAAAGUAACAUUCACAUGAAUGUCACAACCCAAGGUUUCCAAGCAGAACAUUGCCCAGAGCAUGACACUGCCUUCGUUGGCCUGCCUUCUUUCCAUAGUGCAUUAUCUUGCCAUCUCUUCCCCAGAUAAACUAUGCACAUGGUCAUCCACCAGAUCUAAAAGAAAAUGUGAUUCAUCAGACCAGGCAACCUUCUUCCAUUGCUCCAAGGUUCAGUUCUGACGCUCACUUCCCCAUUGAAGGCACUUUUGACAGUGGACAGAAGUGACAGAAGUCAUCAUUGCAUGUGAGGCUACGCAGCCUCACAUGCAACAAAUUGUGAUGCACUGUGUGUCCUGACACUUUUCAUGGUCAGCAUUAAGUUUUUCAGCAAUUUGAGUUACAGUAGUUCUUCUGUGUGAUCCGACCAGACAUUCUAGUCUUCCCUCCCCACAGGCAUAAGUGAGUUUUGUGCUGCCCUAGGCAACCCCCUCCUUACCUUUGGGAAUGCUGGGGGGGGUUCUCCCUUUCCCUGGAGUCCAGUGGCUGCUGGGCUGCUGGACGGGCGGUGCUGGCGAGGGAGCACUGAUUAGUGAGCUCUCUGCUGAGUGAUGCAGAGUGAUGCUGGGAGCCGGAUAAUGACGUCAUAUUCCGGCUCCCGGUAUCACUCUGUGGCCUUCGAGGGUGAAAAGUGCUCCCUCGCCAGCGCCGACCGCCCGACCGGCUUGUCAGUUAGCCACAAGGCUAACAAGACAUUUGCCCUGGGUAUUUGGGGGCGGCUUUUUUGCUGCCCCCUGGAAAAUGCCGCCCAAGGCAAAUGUCUUGUUUGCCUCGCGGCUAAUACGUCCCUGCCUUAAACGCCCAUGACCCUGACACCGGUUCACCGGUUGUCCUUCCUUGCGCCACUUUUAGUAGAUACCAGGAACACCCCACAAACACCCCACAAUACUUGACGUUUUGGAAAUGUUCUGACCCUGUCCUUCAGCCAUCACUAUUUGGCCCGUCACUCAUAUUUUUUCAUUUGUCCAUUUUCCCCGCUUCCAACACAUGUGAUUCAAGAACAGACUGUUCACUUGCUGCCUAAUAUAUCCCACCCCUGGACAGGUGCCAUUGUAGCAACAUAAUCAAUAUUACUCCCUUCACCUGUCACUGGUUUUAUUGUUGUAGUUGAUCAGUGUAUACAUAAAGAUAGAUAGGUAGAUAGAUAGAUGCAUGUUCUGACGACAUCAUAGACCACUAUAACAGUAAACCUAGAAAAUCAAAUGGUUUGAAGAACAAGUCCUAAACAUAUUUAUAAAGAUGAUAGGCUUGUAUGUUUUCGUGUUUUUUCCCACAUUUUUAGUGGCAGCUAGCUAGCAAGAGCUGGCCAAAGUCUACCCACUUAUACCUUGUACAGUCAACCAUGUCCCCAAAGACUUCAAACUGGCUUUAACAAUCUGAAUUCCAACCAGUCUAAAUGCCCCUGGAUUUAUUAUUUUUGGUAAUAGACUUUAGUCAAAACCCCUAAAUGUAAAUGUCUUGGUUAAACCAUUUGUAUGAUUUUUGUGUCCUUGUCUUUUUUUCUUUUUUUCUUUCAUUCAUUCUUUGUUUAUUUUAUGUUUUCAAUGUUGGAUAUUGUUUAAUACUACUAAUAAUAUUAUUUUAUUUUUUUAAACACACAGACCUUGUUCCUACAGCAGUACCAGAUAGUGUCUCAGGUGUGUUCCAUAACUGACUGCAUGGCACCUUAUUUUGCAGAGUGGCAAAUAAAUUAUGUAUGAAAUGGAAAGAGGGAAACAAAUAUAAACAGGCUAUUUCCACAUUUUCAUAAUUUGUAUGAAGAUGAUAGAUGAAUCGAUUGAUAGUGCUGCUCUGUUGACAUCAUAGAUUACUAGAACGGUAAACCAAGAAAGAUCGAGUUGAUUGCAGAACAUGUGUCAAACACAUGUAUAAAGGUGAUUUUUAUCUUUUCAUUUUUCCCCACUUUUUUGGUAGCAGGUGGCUAGCAAAAGGUUCUGCACCCCUGAUGUGAAGUUGUGUGUUCACACCUAGACACUCAUCAGGCUUGUUCUUUUUCAUUGUAAUUGAACACUUUUCUUACACUCACAUGGUUAGCACUGUUUGGGAUCACCUUUUAUAUUUUUCUUCUAUUGAGCCCUAUUCACCUUUUAUGCUCUACCUCUGGUUAUGCGUAGUUACAUUCCUACUUAGUGUGUGCUAAGGUUGUCAUGGGGAUAAGUUCUGUAAUUUGGUUAUAUGUAGGCACACCCCAUCCUAGUGUGUGCUGAGGUAGUCAUAGGGUUCCAUUCCAUUUGUUUUAAAUCUAGUAAGGCACUCUAUUUAACUGACUAUCUAAUGUGACUUCAUUUUUUAUGUACAGGCAACUAUUUGGACAUUAUACUAUGUAUACCAUUUUUGGGAAUUAUUUGUCUUAGCUACAUUUGUUUAUGUAUGUUUAGGUAUGUGUUCCCUUGGAAAACUUUUCAUAUAUUUAAGAGUGUUUUUGUUUCUCUUUAGCGCGCUUUAUCUGCCCUCUAAUAAAGAUAAUUAAUAGUUUUUAGCCUUACCUGUGUAACCAUUCAGACCUUUUCUUGCUUAUGUAUUAUUUUUUUUAAACUAUUUUCCCACAGGCUUCUAAUGCUCCCAGGGAGCAAAUGGAUUUUAACAAUCUGAUGCUGAAUUUUAAACAUCUGAAUUUCAAACAGUCCAAAUGCCCCUUGUUUGAAUUGGAUUUAUUUUGGUAAUGCAGACCAGGGGCUUUCGGACUUUGAUUACUUAACUCCCAAAUGUAAAAGAGAGAUGUCUUGGGUGAACAUACAUAAGAUCAUUUGUACAUUUUAUUUCUCCUUUGUUUAAUUUGUGUUUGUACUGAUGGAUAUUGUUUAAUUCAUUUUUUUUUAAACACACAGACCUUGUUACCACAGCAGUAGCAGUAAGUGGCUCAGGUAUGUAGCCUUAUUGACUGCAUGGCACCUUAUUUUGAAGAGUGGCAAAUAAAUUAUGUACAAAAUGGAAUAAGGGAAACAGAUAUGACCAGGUUAUUUUCACAUUUUCCUCAUUUCUGUCUCUGCCUGCUAAUUAUAUGUAUAAAGAUGUAGGAUGAACUGAUCGAUAGUGGUGCUCUGGCAACGUCAUAGGCCACUAGAAUGGUAAACCUAGAAAGAUUAGGCGGUUUAUAAAUAUAUCCAGAACUCUGAGAUAUUAUUUUUGCUUAGUUUUUAUUUAGAAAAAGUUUCACUACACAGCUACUGGAAUUCCAUAAAUCGAGUGUUCCACUGUGAUUGCUAAUUACCACAUAGACCGUGCAUAUAUACCUGUAGCAGGAUUAAUGUUUAAGAGUAUUUACUCAACAGUCCUACAAACUUCCCAGUGCCCCCUAACAAUCUAUAGCAGGGGUAUAAAAGUCAGUUUACCUGGGGGUCUUUGCCAAGUCGUAAUCUUCCUUGGGGUCUGCAGAUCCAUACUGCCAGAUAUGUGCCCAUACAUAAACAUUAAUACUCGCAGACGCACACCCAAACACACACGCAAUUUACAAUGCCCCUUUUUUAGCACCUGUAUCAUGUCUGAACUCUCAAUGAAGGCUACUUCCAUGCACUGUGUGCACCAACAGGCCUUGUUAAUGAAGUUCUGGUUACCUGUUGAAUGCUAGCCCUUUACUAAUGAUGUUGGGAGCACACAAUACAUGCAAACACUGCUCACUAGCUGGCCAACCUCCUCAACCACAGCAAAGAAGAGUUUGAUCACAGACCUGGUGCUGACCAGUUUAUCUAGAUAUGCAGGGCUCGGACAUACCUCUUUGUUCCAGGAUGGAUGAACCUGGAUCACUUUCAUGUAUUUUAGUGCGGGAAAUGGUAUCUGAAUGACUACUACGAGACCCCUGGACUGUAUAGUAAAUUGCAGGUGCCUCCUGUCUGAGCUACCCCCUUCAGGAUAUAUAUAAAUAUAGACAAAAAACAUCUAGCUGUGUAGCACCUGAAUUCCAUAACUAUAAAAUAAUUGACACACUAAAGUAAUAUAAAUAAUAUUUUAUUUGUGCUGCAUAAUUAUAUAUUUGCUAAAAUAUAGCUCUCACUGUAGGUAUUUUCCCUGUGAUAAAUUAUAUCAAAUACCAUAUGAAAUCAGGAAGGUGUUUACAAGUAUUUUGGAUACAACUUGGAAUAACUAGCAGCUGAUAUAGAACUAUUGGCUACACACUAAUCAUUAUCAGGAUCGUUCGCUGAAUUGUGCAUUGCUCGGAAUUCAAAGCGAAUUUAGGCCAAAAAUACCCAAAUUGGAAAAAGCUUUUUAAAUUCACUUUAAAUUCUCUGCUAUUAACCCUGUAUGUAUUCUCUUUAGGAAUAUUUGUCUAGUCAAAUUAAUGUUAGCAGCUGAUACAUUUUAAAGAAAAUGUUAGAUAUAGACAAUUAAAAAAAAUAGUAAACUGUGUCAUUUUGCAUAAGAAAGCCCACAUAAUAUAAUUUCUAUAUCACAAGUCAGUUUACAAAUGAUCUGAUCUCAUAAAUGCAUUGUGGUCAAAUAAAUCCUCAGUCGUAUGUUGCGACAAACACUAUAUCUGUUAUGCUAUGUCUGGCACUGUCCAUUUAUUUAAAAAAAAAAAAAAUGUCCAAGCUCACUGUAGUGGUUAUGGUGUCAGGAGUGCACUGGUGCCCCCUCCAGUGUAAGUACUGAUACAAUUUGACAGCUACCUACCAUAAGAACUGAAAACUGUCUGCGUAGAGGUAAGUCCAGUGCAAUCAGCUGGCACUCUCAACCAGUGAGCUGCUCCUGCAUGGCAGCGUUUAUCUCGGGAAGCUAAUGUAAGAUCCUAGCUAGAGCUUCUGGCUCUCAAUGGUGGAAGUGACCGGUGCCCUGCAGACACCAAUUAAGCUGACAAACCGUUAGUAAACAGUUUAACUACUUACAUUAGGGGCGCACCAGAGCAAUCCUGGCACCAUUACAACUACAGAGUGCUGCAGUGGUUAUGGUGCUUCAAGUGUUCCUAUAAGUUCUCUUUAUUGUAGAGAUAAUGCAGUUAACUCAUUGGAUUGGCCUAAAUAUAUCUGGGACUAUUUUUUACAUUGAACAAUAUAUGACUGUGCACUUAUAGGGUUAUUUAAUAACUGAAUUGUUGGGAACCCCAAGCGAAUUUCACAUUUUAGAUCAAAAUACCUAAAUUGAAAAUAUCGCAGAAUAUUUCCAUUUCACUUACCUUGAGCUGCAUUUUGAAGCACAUUUCUAACAAUUCCUAAUUUAAUUACUAAAAUAAUAUAGUUUGUGUGUUCUGUUCCCUUUGUGUAUUUAAAGUAAAAUAGACGCAACUACUUUUGGGAAUAAUGAGUAUAAUUUUCUUUAGUAGAAGCUUAAACAUUGACAUUAAAACAGGAAAACAAGGUAGAAAAAGUGAUGAAAGGAAAAAAUAUGUACAAGAGAAAAACACAUUAUCUGUGCUAGUUGGGUGUCUAUUUGGAAUGUGACCCUCAUUUGUCUGUUUGUUCUCUUUCCUCAUUAGAAGAAAACGUCAUACAAGGUCAGUGUUUUCUUAAUACUUUCAUGACACCUGCUAGUUCUCUCUAUCUACAUGACAGGCUACCCUUCAUUAAACAAGUGCUAACACUCAUGUAUGAAUAAUCCUUGCCAUUACAGGGACACCAUAAGCACCAAAACAACCUUAGCGUAAUUAAGUUGUUUUUGUGUGUAGAGCCAUGCCUCUGCAGCCUAAUUGCUCAAAUCUCUGACAUUUAGGAGUUACACCACUGUGUAUAGGUAUGACUAUGGCUACAUAAACAGUCUCCCUACACAUUUCAUGUACAGAGCCUUUAUUGAGAGUCCUUUAUUGCACAGUCUGUUUCAUUUCUUAUCUCCUGCUUUGUUUACAGUUCAAUUAACAAAGUGUGAGAUAUAAACCUCUAAAGUAAACACUUUGCUGUCAGAUCGGAUUGAAAAUAAAACAAUUGAUAUGUAGGCCCUGCACAUCACAUGCAAGGGGUGUGACUAGAGAUGCAUAAACAAAGUGAUUUAAAGGGACACUAUAAUCACCAGAACAACUAGAGCUUAUUGUAUUUGUUCUGGUGAAUAGAAUCAUUACCUUCGGGCUUUUUUUUGUAAACACUGUUUUUUUCACAGCAAAUGCCAUGUUUACAUUACAGCCUAGUGAUAACUUCACUGGCCACUCCUCAGAUGGCAACUAGAGGUACAGCCAGUGGCAUACAUACCGGGGUCACGGCUGCGACCGAGCCUGGCCCACCAGAGAGCCAAGCCGCCCUGCGACCCAGUAUGUACACCAGUGUGGCCAGCCUCUUCUCCUGGGGGGCCCAGGAGCUGGCCAUCUCAUGGCCCCCCAAGGCUGGUGUUACCAGGAUGCCGGUCCUGCGGUCGCGCGAGGGAGCAUCCUCUCCUGAGCGCUCUCUGCCCAGCUCCCUCGCGCACACUUCACUGAUGUUGGAGCCGGAAUAUGACAGAUCAAUUUUCGCACCAGGGCCCCAUGGGUUGUGUGUACACCACUGGAUGAUGGCGCUACAUAAACAAAAAAACAUUAAUAAUAAUAAUAAUAAUAGAGGUGCUUCCUGGGCCAGUGCAGCACUGCCAUCCAGUGUCUCCACCCUCUGAAUGGAGACACUUAAUUUUUCCUCAUAGAGAUGCACUGAUUCAAUGCAUCUCUAUGAGUAUAUGCUGAUUGGCAAGGGCUGGGUUUGGCUUGUGCUGGCUCUGCCCCUGAUAUACCUCAUUGACAGUCUCAGACAAUCCUAUGGGCAAGCAUUGUGAUUGGCUGAGAGAAUCACUUCUGAUGAUGUAAGCCAAGGAAACAGAUCAGGGGCAGCAGCUGCAGACUUGAAUACAAGCAAGAUUUUACUAUAUUUAGGGAGGCCAGAUGCUGGUUUUAACACUACAGGAUCAGGAAUACAUGUUUGUGUUAUUGACCCUCUAGUGUUCCUUUAACUCCUAAAUGACAGAGAAUUAAGCAGUUAUUAUCAUUAUGCUAAAUUUAUUUUGGUAUCCCUUUAAAGUGAUGCACUCAUUGUGAGAUAUAUAUAUACAGGGUUGUCCACUAAAGUGAAUUCAUAUAGAAUUUUACAUUUAAGAUGAAAGUAGUUAAAAUGGAAGCAUAGCAAACAAAUAUUUUUUCAUAACUCAGCUAUUUGGCCUUACAGUGAGGGAAAAAAGUAUUUGAUCCCCCACUUAUUUUGAACAUUUGCCCACGGACAAAGAAAUGAUCAGUCUAUAAUUUUAAUGGUAGGUGUAUUUUAACAGUGAGAGACAGAAUAACAAAAAAAAUCCAGAAAAACACAUGUCAAAAAAGUUAUAAAUUGAUUUGCAUGUCAAUGAGUGAAAUAAGUAUUUGACACCUUCGACUUGGCAAAACCCUUGUUGGCAAUCACAGAGGUCAGGCGUUUCUUGUAGUUGGCCACUAGGUUUGCGCACAACUCAGGAGGGCUUUUGUCCCACUCCUCUUUGCAGAUCCUCUCCAAAUCGUUAAGGUUUCGAGGCUGACGUUUGGCAACUCGAGCAUUCAGCUCCCUCCACAGGUUUUCUAUGGGAUUAAGGUCUGGAGACUGGCUAGGCCACUCCAGAACCUUAAUGUGCUUCUUCUUGAGCCACUCCUUUGUUUUGGGUCAUUGUCAUGCUGGAAUAUCCAUCCACAACCCAUUUUCAAUGCCCUGACUGAGUAAAAGAGGUACUCACCCAAGAUUUGACGGUACAUCCAUCUUCCCUUUGAUGUGGUGCAAUUGUCCUGUCCCCUUAGCAGAAAAGCACCCGCAAAGCAUAAUGUUUACACCUCCAUGUUUGAUGGUGGGGGUGGUGUUCUUGGGGUCAUAGGCAGCAUUCCUCCUCCUUUAAACACAGUGGGUUGAGGUGAUGCCAAAGAGCUUGAUUUUGGUCUCAUCUGACCACAACACUUUCACCCAGUUCUCCUCUGAAUCAUUCAGAUGUUCAUUGGCAGAUUUAAGACGGGCCUGUACAUGUGCUUUCUUGAGCAGGGGGACCUUGUGGGCGCUGCAAGAUUUCAGUCCUUCAUGGCGUAGUGUGUUACCAAUUGUUUUCUGUGUGACUAUGGUCCCAGCUGCCUUGAGAUCAUUAACAAGAUCCUCCAGUGUAGUUCUGGCCUGAUUUCUUACCAUUCUCAGGAUCAUUGAAACUCCAUGAGGUGAGAUCUUGCAUGGAGCACCAGACCAAGGGAGGCUGACAGUUAUUUUGUGUUUCUUCCAUUUAUGAAUAAUCGCACCAACUUUUGUCACCUUCUCACCAAGCUGCUUGGCGAUGGUCUUGUAGCCCAUUCCAGCCUUGUGUAUGUCUACAAUCUUGUCCCUAGCAUCCUUGGACAGCUCUUUGGUCUUGGCCAUGGUGGAGAGUUUGGAAUCUGAUUGAUUGCUUGCUCCCUUUAAGAGAGUGCUCCUAAUCUCAGCUCGUUACCUGUAUAAAAGACACCUGGGAGCCAGAAAUCUUGCUGAUUGAUAGGGGAUCAAAUACUUAUUUCACUCAUUGACAUGCAAAUCAAUUCAUAACUUUUUUGACAUGCGUUUUUCUGGAUUUUGUUGUUGUUAUUAUUAUUGUGUCUCUCACUGUUAAAAUUAUAGACUGAUUAUUUCCUUGUCAGUGGGCAAAAGUUCAAAAUCAGCAGGGGAUCAAAUACUUUUUCCCCUGACUGCACAUUUGAAAUUAUCUUUGAAUUCUCAUUUUAAUGAAUAACCUUGAUAUUGUUAACGAAGAUAUGCUGUAGUGGUCUUAAGGGACACUCCAGGCACCCAGACCACUUCUGCCCAUUGGAGUGGUCUGGGUGCCAACUCCCACUACCCUUAACCCUGCAAGUGUAAUUAUUGCAGUUUUCAUAAACUGCAAUAUUUACCUUGCAGGGUUAAGUCCUCCUUUAGUGGCUGUCUACUAGACAGCCACUAGAGGGCACUUCCGUGAUUAUAGUACGUGAAAAGUGUGCUAUAGCGUCGCUGGACGUCCUCACGCUAUGUGUGGACCUCUAGCGUAGCUGAAAUUCCCAUAGGAAAGCAUUAAAAGCAUUUUUCAAUGCUUUCUUAUGGGGAGGUCAAAUGCGCAAUGUGCAAUAGGUCUCCCUUACCAGUUGACGUCGGCGGAGGCAGACCCUGACCCAGCACCGAGGGACAUCGCCGCUGGAAACAGGUAAGUCACUGAAGGGGUUUUAACCCCUUCAGCAACUUGGGAUGGGGGGGUGGAAGGGAGAGGAGACCUGCAGUGGAGAGUCCCUUUAAUACUAAGCAUGAAAACGCUAACAAACACCUUGUAAUAUGACACACUAAUGGAACUGAAAGAUUAAUCACAUAUACUAAUCGUAUUGUGAAUUUACAUUGACAUUACUCAUUAAAGUUUUAUAUAAUGUACCUAUCUAUCAAUAGGGGUAAAUGUUAUUUUCUGUGUUACCUGAUGCAUUCUGAUGUGGCUGAAAAAAAUAUUUCAGUAGUGGUGACGCAUAUUCUGUCCUGCAGAAACCACACGUGCCGGCAGUCAUGGUGUGAUCAUCGUCGUCGUCAUCGUGUGUAUCCUUUUGCUGGCAAUCCUUGGAGCAGUGUUAUACUUCCUGUAUAAAAAGGGGCGCAUUUCAUGUGGGCGCUCUGGGAAACAGGACAUGUGAGUCUGAACAAGGAAUAGUAAAUGUGUACCCUAAAACUUACAGUGCUUUUACCAUAUGGGUUUUGUGACUUCUGCUCUAUUCUUACAAUACAGUUGAUUUCCUAACAACUUCAAUUUUUGUUUUCUUUACUACAUGAUUCUACUUAAAUCUCCUCCUUUUAUAGCUUUAAUCCCCCAUAUUUGCGCAAUCUAGUGAAGUAAAAUCUGAAUGGCUUUUCUUAUAAAGGUGAACGAAAUAAGCCAACAAUUUGUAUAUUAAACAAAGAGCUUACAUUGUAUAAAAUCUGGCAUUUUGUACUACUCUCUUACUUUACAGUUAUUGGCUGUAAAAAUAUUCACUAAUUUUAUUUAACUUCUAACAUAACAUUUUUCAUCAUUUGCUUUUUUCUCUCAGUACAAAGCCAGGUGAGAAGGAACAUAUUGUUGUCGAAAUGAAACCGGAUUCACCAGCUGAAGAAUCGGUGCUUCUUCCUGGAUCACAAGAAAAGAAGCCUCCAGGGGACCAGGUGAGAAGCAUACAAGUCAAAUCCAUUCAGAUACCUGAAAAGUGUAUUCCCAGUGAUGUUUCACAAAAAUGUUAUUCACGAAAAUCUGUUAUAGGCAGGUGAAAUACAUAUCCUUUAAUGCUACCCCAGCCGUAUGUGACAUGAACAGUGUGGCGAAACCGGCCUCGCCACGUGUCCUUGGAGGGGGCUGCUUGCCCGCCUCUUGCCUUUGGACUAUGGACCAGACUUUAUGUGAAUGUGUUAUACCCCAGAUAGGAAUCCCAUGGAGCCCAUUCGUAUGAAACUGACUGCAAAGACUUUGGCUCCAUGGCGAUUAAACUGUAUUCGUGUGGUCUGAGCGCCAUUCACUUAAUAAUGUGCGCUCAGACCUGAGCUAUCUGGGGAUAUGUGAAAUGUCUGUGUGUUAUGUGUAAAAUGUGACUUUAUGUAUUUUAAAGUGUUUUGUGUCUUUUGCAACCAUGUGCUUAAUGGAGUCUUGUGUCUGUCCUGGGAGAUAAUUGAAUUACUUAUCUCCAGGAUAGAAGACUGAAACUGGUUUGGGCCAGAAAGCCAUGCUUCAUUUAGUCACAAAGGACUUUUUACUAACUUUUGAACCCCUUGUCUGAUUUGUGCCAUUUUUGAAUAUGUUGUUCCCCUGAAUGGAUUGAUUGUGAAUAUGUAAUUUUAUGUGAAUGUGAUGUAUGGUUUUGGAGUUAUGAAAGUUGGGUAGAAAGUAUAUUUUAACUGUAUGUAUAAUUGAGUUUCCUCUCAGGAUAAGGGGAGGGAAUAUGUGGGAUGUAACUGAUAUGUGAUUGGUUGUUUUGUAACGCCCUGUGGGCUGUACUAUGUUUGUGAUUGGGAAUAAAAGAGACUGUAUGUGACAGUACAGGGAGUUCCUGUUUAACCCUCAAAGUGAAGUGUCGUCUCAUUAUUGGGGGAAGGAUUUAUUGUAUGCUGUUCCAGUUUGACUGCUAGGAGAGUAAACCUAUUCGUAUGGUUCCUAUUCAACUGUCUACAGCAUUCAUAUGCUUGAGAGGAUUCAUAUGCUUCUCCGGUUCGGUGGUUGUGGUGUCUGCUGCAGUGCUUGGAGUCCUCAGGAAGCGCUAGGAGCAUCCUUCAACGGAGGUACCCAGUCGGGGGUGCCAGGCGAUCCGUUACAUUGGUGGCAGCGGUGGGAUGGCGUCCUAGUGCGAGGUAAAGCAGCUCAGAGACACAGUCGUUUGGAUUUACAAAUUGAAGGCGACGCUAGUGUUUAUACAGCGUCCCUGUCUACAUAAAGAUUUGGGAAAAUGGGGUUUGUGGAUCCUUGGGCACCUCGCACACCUGAGGAAGAGGGUGAAUUGGACUGGAGAGAUAUUGCCCGGCAAGAACUAUGGUACAAUGCCCUGGAGGAAGUCCAGUAUCAACGGCAGCAGCGCCUUCCUGGUGUCGCAUACCGGUUGGAGGAACAAAUGGCCUGGCGGAUGCCGCUUCUGGGAGACCAACCCGGAGGGCAGCAGGUCAGACAACUUGAGUACCUUGUGGAAAGGGAACUGAGCCUUGACGCCUCAUACCGGGCACUGUGGUGGUGCACUGUCCAGCCAGAGACAUGGAGGGCAGAGGGCAUCCAGCCGGAGGGGGAGAACUACACUAGCCCUGGCCUGUUGUGGAAGGCCUUAGCAGAAGACGUCGACUUUGGCAGUCCAGCAGAGUCACGGUACUGGGCUAUUUUUUAUUACCGGGGUGAGAUGGUACAGGGCCCGAGAUCUAUGGGACUGGGACAAGACCUCCACCGUUUGGCUGCCAUGGAACGACAGCUAGAGAUGGACUAUGUGGAACUACUAAACUCAUGUCAGCCACAGGGCAUAGACACAGAACAGGAAAACUGGCUGGGAGACCCAGACCUGCCAACCUACAGCUGGGAAAACGCAGCCGAGGUACCCCCUGCUUCACUACCAGCGGCAGAAGUAGGGGACCUCAUAGACUGGUCCUGGGAAGACCCACAGAUGGCAGGUGGAGAUGGGAUGGCGGUCUCUCUACCGGCCCUACAGGGAUGCUGGGCGGUCGGCCCAGAUCUCCAGCGGCAGUGUGUACCCCAGGGAGCAGAAGGUGCAGUCCUUCCUCCCCAGCGGCAGUGUGUACCCCAGGGAGCAGAAGGUGCAGUCCUUCCUCCCCAGCGGCAGUGUGUCCUGCAGGAAGCGGAGACAGUCGGUCUCGCUCCCCAGCAGCAGGGCAAUAUAUUAAAAGGGGAGACAGUUGGUCCCCCUCUCCAACAGCAGAGAGAGUGUCAGGGAGAGGAGCUUGUUAUCCCCUCUCCCCAGCGGCUGAAAGUAUGUAUGGGAGAGGAGCUUGUUACCCCCCCUCCCCAGCGGCAGCGUGUACCCCAGGGAGAUGAAGGUGCCGUCCUUCAUCCCCAGCGGCAGUGUGUACCCCAGGAAGCAGAGACCAUCUGUCUCGCACCCCAGCCGCAGGACAAAAUAUUGAAAGGGGAGACAGUUGGUCCCCCUCUCCACCAGCAAAGAGAGUGUCAGGGAGAGGAGCAGGUUACCCCCUCUCCCCAGCGGCAGUCUACAGUUCAGAGAGAGGAGCUUGUUACACCCUCUCUCCAGCGGCAACCUAACCCACCAAGGGGAGAUGUUAAGCCCCACAACUAUGCAGAUGGGACUGUAGUCUCUGCACUUGCAGCACCAGGGGUAGGGGCGGUCGGUCCUGUCCCCCAGCCACAGAGCAGUGUAUCCAGAGGGGAGACAGUCGGUCUCCCCCUCCCACAACCAGGCUCCAACCAGGCUACUUCAGUGGUAGCGCUGGCACCCGGGCAGAGUACCGCUGGUCUCUGCCCACUCAGCAACCCACCAAGGCAGUCUACCAGCCCCCCGCACAGCCGUGGUGAGGCACCUGGACAUGGACAAGUUGCUAUUUUAUCCAGGUGUAGUAACCAGUUAUUGUGGGUGGGCUGUAUUGCUGUUUGUGCUUCGUGGGUGGGUUGCUGGACUAACCAGGGCACUGACCGGCAGGAGGUCAGAUACCCUGUUAGUUUGGAUGGUAAAGGGGAGAAAUGUGGCGAAACCGGCCUCGCCAUGUGUCCUUGGAGGGGGCUGCUUGCCCGCCUCUUGCCUUUGGACUAUGGACCAGACUUUAUGUGAAUGUGUUAUACCCCAGAUAGGAAUCCCAUGGAGCCCAUUCGUAUGAAACUGACUGUAAAGACUUUGGCUCCAUGGUGAUUAAACUGUAUUCGUGUGGUCUGAGCGCCAUUCGCUUAAUAAUGUGCGCUCGGACCUGAGCUAUCUGGGGAUAUGUUAAAUGUCUGUGUGUUAUGUAACAAAUGUGACUUUAUGUAUUUUAAAGUGUUUUGUGUCUUUUUUGCAACCAUGUGCUUAAUGGAGUCUUGUGUCUGUCCUGGGAGAUAAUUGAAUUACUCUCCAGGAUAGAAGACUCUGAAACUGGUUUGGGCCAGAAAGCCAUGCUUCAUUUAGUCACAAAGGACUUUUACUAACUUUUGAACCCCUUGUCUGAUUUGUGCCAUUUUUGAAUAUGUUGUUCCCCUGAAUGGAUUGAUUGUGAAUAUGUAAUUUUAUGUGAAUGUGAUGUAUGGUUUUGGAGUUAUGAAAGUUGGGUAGAAAGUAUGUUUUAUGUUUUAACUGUAUGUAUAAUUGAGUUUCCUCUCAGGAUAAGGGGAGGGAAUAUGUGGGAUGUAACUGAUAUGUGAUUGGUUGUUUUGUAACGCCCUGUGGGCUGUACUAUGUUUGUGAUUUGGGAAUAAAAGACUGUAUGUGACGGUACAGGAAGUUCCUGCUUAACCCUCAAAGUGAAGUGUCGUCUCAUUAUUGGGGGAAGGAUUUAUUGUAUGCUGUUCCAGUUUGACUGCUAGGAGAGUAAACCUAUUCGUAUGGUUCCUAUUCAACUGUCUACAGCAUUCAUAUGCUUGAGAGGAUUCAUAUGUUUCUCCGGUUCGGUGGUUGUGGUGUCUGCUGCAGUGCUUGGAGUCCUCAGGAAGCGCUAGGAGCAUCCUUCAACGGAGGUACCCAGUCGGGGUGCCAGGCGAUCCGUUACAAACAGUCUGGGAAAUAUUAAGGUAUUGGGUGACAAUGUUAGCCAUCUUUGAUCUUGUAGCACAAUUUCUUUCUGAUCUGAGUUUGUAAACUAGGAAGAGUCAGAAUUACAAAGGGCUUCUAUCAUUCAUCUUUGUAGAAGAUAGAGCAGGUACAUAUUUUUGCUUGUUUUGAAAAGGUGAGUGUACACCAUCAAGUUCGCUUAAAAGUUACAAAAUAUUUCCUUUUACAUUCACAGUUCCUAGUUUAAAUCAUACACAUUUUUUGUGUAUGUCAUAAAAUACAAAGACUGAUAAGAGGGACAUAGUUUGGAUUAAUUAAUCUUCAUUGUGACUAAGUGAGCCUCGAAACGUGUUCUUGGAGGGGCCUGCUGUCCAGCCUCUUACCAAAAGACUAUGGGCCCUUUAAAAACCUAUGUGAACAGACUUAGUUCGUGGGAUUUUAUAUUUGGUUCGGGAACCGAACAGCCGCACGAACCGGAGACCACCCUGGAGCUUGUUAAGCCUUGUUAAGCCUAAUUGCUACUUUGUAGCAAUUUCCACCGCAGUGUUCUAAGUGUUCGUCUGGGUGGCCGCAAUUCCUAUGCAAUUCUUUUGGAUCAACAGCAAAAAUCAAAUGUAAGGAAGGCUGAACUUGAUGGACGCAAGUCUCUUUUCAGCUAUGUAAAUAUGUAACACUUAGAAAGGCGCUGUUCGGUGGAAACGUUCCCACAAGGGGAACAAGCUCCAGGGUAAGAACACUGACUCUGUUUGGUAGUUUGUUCGGUUUUUAAACUACCGGACUAGACCGACCGCAAGCCCUGAUUCUCUGGAACUGUUUUGGGCAUGGGACCAUGCGUGCCGUCGGUCAAAUUAUGACUUCCAGGCAAUUUCUGAACCCCUGAGCCGAUCAGGGUGAUUUUUAGAUAUGUUGGUCACCCACAUCAUGGCUAUCAGGGGAUGUAACGUUUGUGGGCAUUUUGUGUGUUUUAAGGUAUUUUGGGGGUUUUGUUAAAAUGUAUGUUUUCUGUCCCCGGAGAUAAUUGAGUUUAGUACAGUGCUGACUCAAUUAUCUCCCAGGCAUAGGGGAGGGGUUGACCUAUUUGUAUGGGAGUGUCAUGGACCUGAGAGCCAAUGUAAUCGUGUAUAUGUUCUUACUGUAGUCUACUCUCCGGUCCUGGGAGGAGUGCCCCUAGCAUGGGGACAUGCAUAUAAAGCCAGUUGUGGUUGCCAGUAAACAGAUUUGUUUUACCCUUCAUGAAGUCUAGGCUCAUGUUUGGGAUUUUGAGAGCUAUAUUCACUCUGGGGAUUGCUAUAAUGACUAUACUCCCUUGGAUCACAACGAUUGCUCUUGUAAGAGCAGCCUGCUUUGCUCUCUGGACUAGGAGAGGUCUACCCACUGGAAGCUGGAUCUUGGUCUUGAAUGCAGGGUGGAGGACAGCAAUACCCCAACCAAGCUGCGGCGAUUUGUGGGGUAUACGAUGGUUAUGGUGUCCGGUGCUGUACUUAUGGUACUCCAGGAUUACUAGGAAGCAGCGAUUGACGGAGGUACCCGGUCGGGGUGCGAGGUGGUCCGUCACAUUCAUAAACAUUCUAAAUUGUACCUGUUAGUGAUUAAUGUAUACUAUGCAGCAGGGAGACCAAAGCAUAAUGCACAUUUUCAGAUAUGUGGGGUUGUUUACUGAACCCCUGAUAAUCUGGGUAUUAAAAACUACUGAUCAGACUAGCCAAUGUGGGAAAAAAAAAGGUGUUGGCAUUUUUUUCUUACCUGGCUUUCUGGACCUAAAAUUUUAAUUUCCCUCCCUUUCUGUAAAAUCCUGUAAAUGGCAUUUCAAAGGUUAGGAGGAAAGCAAAUUGAAUCGGAUCUGAUUUAUUCAGACAAAUUCCAUAGGCAGAAGCUUUAAAUAAUCAUUUGGAUUUUAAAUGUUACAGUAUUUGACACAAUUAAUUAAAAUUAUAUGACCUACUUGACAAACUCAAGAUGUAAAUUAAUUUCAAAGAACUAAGCCAUAAACACAAUGCAUGCAGGGAAUUCUAGACCAAAGUAUGUGGUGCUUCAGUGUGAUGAAGUAGUAAGAUGUCUCUCCCAUAAAUGCCACACUGUGGUAGUGAUUGCAGGUAGCUCUGAAGUCAUAUAAAGUUACAUUUUAUUCUCCUGGGAACUGGAGAGCAGGAAAUCCACGUUCCCAGCAUUAGACCACCUGGAUCUGUACAUACUGAAGCCUAUUGGCUGCACACAUGAAAACGGGAAGAACUAAAAACAUUUUUUCUUCUCUAAGAUCCAUGGCUUAGCCUCUUCCAUUGUAUUAUAAAAAAUAAGCAGUUCACAAAAUGUCUCAACGUUUCCCCCCAUGUAUGGGUAUUUAAAAUCUUCAGUAGUGAUGUCCCGAACGGUUCGCCGCCUAUGACAUCAUUCUUAGUGAGCUGUCCAGGAGGUGGGAGGGUCUGGGAGGGAGGGUCUGCUGCUGAUUGGCUGGAAUGUGUCUGCUGACUGUGAGGUAUAGGGUCAAAGUUUAUGUUUAUUUUCGCCAUCCGUGGCGAACCGUUCGGCGAACCGUUCGGGAUAUGACUAAUCUUCAGUAUUAACGUCUGCCAUCCUUGUUCUACUUGGUCUAGUGUGAGAGAGCAGAGACCACUCUUGGGCUGCGCCAUCAUUGGCUUCAAGUGCCCUAGUGAAUAGAUGUGAUUUGAACAGCGAUGUGUCAGUAAACAGUGGAUGUGAUGUCAUAUUGUGCACGUUUAGCUAUAACUAUGAAAAACAGCGUUUAAGAAAAAUGAAACACUAAUAACUACACUCAUAUGAUAUACACUAAUAACUACACUCCAUAUUCCCUGGCUUGAACAAAUCUGAAAAAUAAGAGGGUAAUAUUUGAAAAAAAAUUUAAAAUGUUGUGAAAAGGUUUCAUUAUGGCGACAUCACCCCUAUGUCCUUCUCUUUUAAUGCCAUCAUCCCUAAAUUUCCCUAAACAUCCCCCAGUUACACGGCAUAGAAAAAAAAUCUAAUAAAAAAAGAAAUGAUUAGUUUUGGUUUUAUAGAAGUGUAUGCUCCUGACUACUACAACAACUAGAUGAGAAUACUCUAGAUACACAGUAUCUCACAAAAGUGAGUACACCCCUCACAUUUUUGUAAAUACUUUAUUAUAUCUUUUCAUGUGACAACACUGAAGAAAUGACACUCUGCUACAAUAUAAAGUAGUAAGUGUACAGCCUGUAUAACAGUGUAAAUUUGCUGUUCCUCAAAAUAACUCAACACCAAGUCAUUAAUGUCUAAACCGUUGGCAACAAGAGUGAGUACACCCCUAAGUGGAAGUGUCCAAAUUGGGCCCAAAGUUUCAAUAUUUUGUGUGGCCACCAUUAUUUUCCAGCACUGCUUUAACCUUCAUGGACAUGGAGUUCACCAGAGCUUCACAGGUUGCCACUGGAGUCCUCUUCCACCCCUCUAUGACGACAUCUCGAGCUAGUGGAUGUUAGAGACCUUGUGCUCCCCCACCUUCCGUUUGAGGAUGCCCCACAGAUGCUCAAUAGGGUUUAGGUCUGGAGACAUGCUUGGCCAGUCCAUCACCUUUACCUUCAACUUCUUUAGAAAGGUAGUGGUCGUCUUGGAGGUGUGUUUGGAAUCGUUAUCAUGUUGGAAUAUUGCCCUGCGGCCCAGUCUCCGAAGGGGGGGGAUUAUGCUCUGUUUCAGUAUGUCACAGUACAUGUUGGCAUUCAUGGUUCCCUCAAUGAACUAUAGCUCCCCAGUGCCGGCAGCACUUAUGCAGGCCCAGACCAUGACACUGACUGUAGGUAAGACACACUUGUUUUUGUACUCCUCACCUGGUUGCCGCCACACACGCUUGACACCAUCUGAACUAAAUAAGUUUAUCUUGGUCUCAUCGGACCACAGGACAUGGUUCCAGUAAGCCAUGUCCUUAGUCUGCUUGUCGUCAACAAACUGUUUGCGGGCUUUCUUGUGCAUCAUCUUUAGAAGAGGCUUCCUUCUAGGAUGACAGCCAUGUAGAUCAAUUUGAUGCAGUGUGCGGCAUAUGGUCUGAGCACUGACAGACUGACCCCCCCACCCCUUCAACCUCUGCAGCAAUGCUGGCAGCACUCAUACGUCUAUUUCCCAAAGAUAACCUCUGGAUAUGACGCUGAGCACGUCACUCAACUUUUUUAGUUGACCAUGGCGAGGCCUGUUCUGAGUGGAACCUGUCCUUUGAAACAGCUGUAUGGUCUUGACCACUGUGCUGCAGCUCAGUUUUAGGGUCUUGGCAAUCUUCUGAUAGCCUAGGCCAUCUUUAUGUAGAGCAACAAUAUAUUUUUUUAGAUCCUCAGAGAGUUCUUUGCCAUGAGGUGCCAUGUUGAACUUCCAGUGACCAGUAUGAGAGAGUGUGAGAGCGAUUACACCAAAUGUAACACAUCUGCUCCCCAUUUACACCUGAGACCAUGUACCACUAACGAGUCACAUGACACCGGGGAGGCUAAUUGGGCCCACUUUGGACAUUUCCACUAAGGGGUGUACUCACUUUUGUUGCCAAUGGUUUAGACAUUAAAGGACCACUCUAGGCACCCAGACCACUUCAGCUUAAUGAAGUUGCCGCGCGUGCGCAUUCAGCCGACGGGGAGGAGAAGAGGAGGAUCGGAGGAGGAGAGCUCUCCGCCCAGCGCUGGAAAAAGGUAAGUUUUACCCCCUUCCCGCCUUCCAGAGCCGGGCCAGAGGGGGUCCCUCAGGGUGGGGGCACCCUCAGGGCACUAUAGUGCCAGGAAAACGAGUAUGUUUUCCUGGCACUAUAGUGGUCCUUUAAUGGCUGUGUGUUGAGUUAUUUUGAGGGGACAGCACAUUUACACUGUUAUACGGGCUGUACACUUACUGCUUUACAUUGUAGCAGAGUGUUAUUUCUUGACACAUGAAAAGAUAUAAUUUAUUAUUUACAAAAAUGUGAAGCGUGUACUCACUUUUGUGAGAUACUGUAUCCAUGACUGCUGCUUUGCCCCGGUCAGCCUAUUAUGAAAAUAUACAUCCGACAGAGCCUAUUAUUGUUUAUUUUACUGUUGAAAACUUGAGAAAUAGCGAGAUGAAUAAAAUACUACUCUAUAAAACAUUACAAAAUAGCAAUUCACAACGCCUCAGCUGAGAAAUUUAUUGUACAGCUUUAUGUAAGAAAGGUGUUUCCAUUGCCAUUUCAGUCAAUAUACAGAAAACACAUUAUCUGGAUAGCUGCCAUUGUACAACUCUGGGGUUUUCUCACACAUUUAUUGGAACUAAACUUUGUUUCCUUCCUUGAGAGGGAAUUAUUUUAUUUGGAGUGAAGGUUAAGACGUUACGAUAGUGCAGUGUUAUAAAUGGGAACCUACUCUGCCUGUCAUCUUACAAUCUGAAUUAUUUAGAAAAGGAUAACAUUUGUGAUGGGUAUGCCCCAGAAUGUUGUAGCUGGUUAUAAAAUUGAAUUAUAAUACUGUCUCAGGCAGUCCAGAUUUUCAAUAAAUGUCUUGUUACAGUCCUUGUAUGAAAGGUCACUCCAGCCCUAAGGCGUUGUGUUGCAUAAAAGUUUUCAGUAAGAGAUUUGUUUAGAUUGAGGGUCAUCAAACUUACAUGGUUAUAGUGACAGCUUAACAAUUUCAGCCUAAAUUUAGCAAUUCAGAUUUUCAUUGACAAACAAGUUUAGUGAAUACACCUUUCUGUUUGCCAGUGUUUCUUGAUGUAAAACUCCAGUUCUAGAUUAUAUCGAACAUAGAGUGCACUCAUAGGAUUUAAUAAUAAACAAAAUAACGUAUUUAUUUUUUUAUCAGGCAUGCAACAGUAUAUAGUCAAGUACAAAAAACAAUCCAAAGUUCAGAUUUCAAUAGAAACUGGUAUUUUUAUAAAUCAACCUUUUUUACAACCGCAUAGCUGCCAAUGACACAGGUGGUCCUGUUACUUCCUGGUUUGGUUAUCUCAGUGGAGGUAAACUCAAGAGGCAGCAAUUGCUCAGAGUACCUGCCUUGCAGAAAAUUAAUUGGGAAGUCUGUGAUUGGACAGCCACAGAAAGUCUGGGCGGGGUUAGUAGUAGAGGGCUUGCAAAAACUGCAGACAAGAGAUCUGCAGAGUUUGCAAGCUGUUUUAAGAUAUAUAUCCCCGGUGGAAAAAGGCAUCAUUAAAGGCAUGUUUUAAUUGGGUUAUAUCUACUACGCAGAGAAGUAUUUAUUUAUGUUCGGGCAGUGUAGUGUCCCUUUAAGAUAAGGGCGUCAUGUUCUUAACCUAUAUAGGAUGCAGAUCACUUUAAGAGCUCCCUAGCGGUUCUGCCAUGCUUUUCAAUCACUCAGAGUGCCCUUAGUCAUUGACAGAGUGCUAGAACUGCGAGAGGGGCUCUGAGCAGGGAGACCAGGCUGGAACUCUGGUAACAUUAUUAGCAACUAUAACAAAGACACACAUUCUUAUUUAGGGUGAGACUUCUUAGAGCAAGCCAUAGAUUUUCAUUCCAAACAAUUCCUGUGGAUGUGGCUUCUGCUGCCUGAAUUCUGAACUCUUCUUUUAGUCUGAGAACACAACUGUACUUUCCUUCACUUGUAGUAUGGUGUAACAGAGGGAUCGGUUUCCUGUUCAAUUGGUUAGAGGAAGUUCAAAAGCAAGUGUUUUUUAGAUAAAAGGUACAAUAGUGAGGUGUCCGUUCAGUUUUACAAUGUUUCCUGGUCUAAUGCUGCAUUAAUUAUUGUGUAAGAAUAUUCUGCACCCAGUUAGCUCACCAAUUACCUGACCACUUUACCAAUUAUCUCAGUCAGCGUUGAUUUGGUUGAGCGUGAUGAGAGUUGUAGUAUACCUUGGCAGCUGCCUGAAGGCUGUCUAGUAUAUAAGACGGAAAAGGGCAGAAAAAUUGUGUGUUUCGCUGUAACUGAUGCAAAUAGCAUAAUUAAAAUCAUGUAUGUUUAACAUGUUCCUUAUACCUGUGGAGGUACCAGGUUACCACAUAAGGCAUGGGUACAGGAAGCAUCCCCCAAGAUAAUCAGAUGGUGUAGGGAGGGGGGGGAAAGGUGGGAGAUGGGUAAGGUCACACCCAUUCAUGAUCGUAUACGUUUAAAAAUCAUUAAGAAAUAUAUGAAAAACUAAACAUAGAAGGACUUUGAUAUCUUCUCCACAUAAAUAAAACAAUAACUUUUUCAAAAAAGGUGCCAAAAUAUCAGCAAAAACACUAAAAUAUACAACAUAUACAUUUACAUUUAUUGAAUAAUUGAUUAUAUAAAAGCCCUGUGUAAUGGUGAGGUCAGGUAGUUCAAAUAGGUCUAUAUUCAACUCAGCUAAUAGCCUCCCCAGUAGUAAUGUUUCAUUUUAACUUUAUAAAAUCUAAGAACAUUAGUCCUGUUCUAACAGACAGAACCCUAGGCCGUCACAUAUCAAACUAAUCCCACCCACAAGCGCAGUCCAGAUACCAAAAUACCAACAGGCUCCUUUUAAAUUAGAGAUACAACAACCCCAAUUGAUUGUUUCGGCCUUUAUUUUUACCUCAUCAGUGAGGUGUAUCUGAUACCUCUGGGCUCAGUGACAAAGAAGUCUAAGUCUGGAUUAAGCUUUUAUUUUAUAGAGACCCUAUUCAUGUACAAAUUACCCAAAAACAAGAGUUUAUUACAACACUGAGGACAAUUCAAAUAGCAUUCACUGUGACUAGUCUUUGUGACAUCUUUGCUCAAGAAGGGUGUGAUUUCAUGUGUUUUAGAUUUAAAAAAAGUAUAAAGCUUCAGUAGUCAAAUUGAAUCUUUGGCACAUACACACCAAAAAAUGCCCUUAUGUUCUAUCUAAGAUGCCAUCACUUAGCAGAAAGGUUAAUCGCUCAAUGAAUAAUUAAUUAGCCAGUGCACCAAUGCCCUUCCUCCGACACAAAAGAUUACUUUGCAGAUAGUGCAGUUCACGUUAGAGCUAGCGUUUGUGACAGAACAAGUUUUGUCUGCCUAUUCAAAAAACAGCAGAUUUGAAUUCCCAAAACCAAGAAUGUAGCCGAAAGAAAAAAAUAAAAUGAUAUACGGUACAUUUUUAAAAGAAAAAAUUCUAUCGCCAAAAUACAUGUCCCUGCUCGUUAUUCUUUCACCUGUAGGAUGCUGCCUACUCUUCUGUACUGUUAAAGCCUUGCAAAGUACAUAAGUCAUACUAUGAGCCAGGUAAAUACUAACAGGUAUACAGUACAACUUAGCCUUUAUUAAAGGGACACUAUAGGUACUCAGUCCACUUCAGCUCAUUGAAGUCCCUGCCCCCCUUAGUGGUGUUUAUAUUGCAGGAUUAAGACAACCACUAGAGGCGAUUUUACCAGACCCCACCAUACUGACGCUGGACGUUCUCACGCUCUGCAUUAAGGACAUCCACCAUCAGUGAAAACCCCUAUGGGGAGGGCCUAAUGUUCUACUUAGGUCCCCCUGUCGGAGGAGGCUGGGCACCGAACCAACACAGAAGGACAGAAGGCGCUGGAAUCGGAUGAGUAAAGUUUUUUUUUAAAACCAUUUAGCUGCUGGAGGGGGGUAAUCCUGUGGGAGGGGGCAACCAGAGGGCACUAUAUUGUUAAGAAUACAAUUUUGCAUUCCUUACACUGUAGAAUUUCUUUAAGUCAAAUGGAACAUGGAUCACCCCAAAUUAUGACUAUUAAUCUGGGAUAAUAUUUAACAUUUCAUCUCAUGUUCUUUUCUUAAAGGAACACUAUAGUGGCAGGAAUAGAAACAAGUAUUGCUGAUAUUAUAAUGCUGAAAUAAAUAAUUAGGUUCCCAGUUCCCCUCUCUGUUGAAAUUAAAGGUAAUUAUUCUCCCAUGCUGUGCUGGCCCCGCUUCCAUGGCUGAGAUCAUCAUUGGGAGGCUAUUGAGCAUUUGCGGCAAAAUGCUGAACGGCGUCAAACAGCAUCUCCUCCCUACUCAGAGUCUGAGUAACUGUCACUAGGGGUAUUCCUAGGUAGCAAUAUAAUCAAUGUAACGUGUAAAGUGUUUACAGUGCUAAUACUGCACAUUAAGCUAUAGUGGAUCUGGUGGCUAUAGUGUCCCUUUAACCCCUUAAGGACACAACUUCUGAAAUAAAAGGGAAUCAUGACGGAAUAUUUCCGUCAUGUGUGUUUAAGGGGUUAAAAGAGAGACACUACGUGAGAAUUCAAAGUAAAUUUCUAAUUCAAGGAAGAAAUAGCCGAACUGCAAAGGUUCUCAAAGUCAGUUAUUCUACCAGUUUGGUAACUUUGGCCUUGCAUUUUAAAUUCAAAUUUAAUUCACUUUGAAUUCUCAGUUUAGCGAAUAACCCUUUAUGUCUGAGAAUAAAUUGCAAUAUGUUAGUCAAUAUAAAUUCCAUUGUGUUUACUGUAUGAGAGCCACACUAAAGCAUCCUGGCUGAUUGGGUCAGAGAGACACACCCACUGCUAGUGAUGUCACCAGCAGUGCUACUCGCUAACGUAUAAAGUCUCAUGAUGUAAAGUGAAUUUAAACAAGAUUAUUCACUAAUUGGGGAUUGACAGUGAAUUUGAAAUUCUAGCUGAAUUGAAAAUAUAGCGGAAUUCUUCCAAUCCAGCUGUUUUAGCCUAACAUGUCAAAAUAUUCAAAUUGGAAAAAAGUUUCCCUUCCAACCUACAGUGUUUCAGUUCUGUAGAGAUUAACUACUUAGGGUCCCUUCUCAGUGGUGUAUCCUGGUUUUGUGCUGCCCUAGGCAACCCUUCCCCCCCACCCCACCUUCUAAAUACACACACACACACACAGUCAGACACAAACACACACACACAGUCAGACACACACACACAGUCAGACACACACACACACAGUCAGACACACAUACACACAGUCAGACACAAACACACACACAUAGUCAGACACAAACACACACACAGUCAGACACAAACACACACACAUAGUCAGACACACACACACAAUCACUCACAUUAACACUUUUUUUUAUUUUUUAUUAAUUAACCCCACCCCCCCAGCCUCCUUACCUUUGGGAAUGCUGGGGCGGGGGGGUUCUCUAUCUCCCUGGGGGUCCAGUGGCUGCCGGUCGGGCUGCUGGGCAGGCGGCUGGCGAGGGAGCACUCUGCUCAGCUCCCUCGCGCACAGCAGAGUGAGGCUGGGAGCCGGAAUGUGACGUCAUAUCCCGGCUCCCAGCCUCACUCUGCGGCGCGCGAGGGAGCUGAGCAGACCACUCAGGGGAAGUGCUCCCUCGCCAGCUGCCCGCCCAGCGCUCGGCAUGUCAGUUAGCCGCGAGGCUAACUAGGCAUUUGCCUUGGGCAUUUGAGGGUGGCGUUUUUUGCCGCCCCAUGAAAAAUGCCGCCCAAGGCAAAUGCCUUGUUUGCCUCGUGGCUAAUACAUCCCUGUCCCUUCUAUUGAUUCCCUCUCCAAAAGUGUGAAUUGUCAUGAAUUCAAAGGGAUUUUAUUUAUUUUUGGCUAAUAAUUCAGUGCUUUUAAAAGGAAAGCAAUCUUUUAAAACGCUAGAUAAUACAAUCUUACAUAAAAUUAUUUACUUGCACUUUCCUCUAAUUUAGUGUAUCAUGCCAUGGUUACUGUUGCUUAAGAAACGCACCAAUGGUAUCUUUUAUAUUCCAUGCAAAAUUUCGAAUUUAGCUAAUAUUAAAAAAAUCUUAACCAUUCAGCAACUAUCCUUUGGACUAGUGACCACUAGAUGGCAGCAUAUGAACAGUAUACAUAUAAUAACAUUAUUAUUCGUAAUAUUCCAACAUGUUCCUCGGCUCUGUGCUAUGGAUAAUUACAAACUAUUUUAGAAAAAAGGUUGCAAGACGUGAAGCAUACUCAGCUCAUAUAAACUGACCUUCCUAAAAUCUCUAAAUAUUGUCUGCUUAUACAUGUUUCAACUACACCCUCUUUUACUUUGUUGGUAGUUACAUCUGUUUUUUGCUGUUGAUCCAAAAGAAGGCAAAAAAAAAAAAAACCAGUUUGAAGCACUUUAAUUUUGCAACAAACUAGGGGGGAAAAAAAUCCUUCUUGGUAGCUUUUAUAUUGUUUUACCUGUAAUAAUAGAGGACGAUCUCUCAACCUGAAAUAACUAUUAGACCAAAGGUAGGCAACUGUCGGCACUCCAGGCAUUGUAGACUACAUCUCCCAUGAUGCUUUGACAGCAUUAUGUCUAUAAAAGCGUUAAGAGAGAUGGAUGGAGUACCAAAGAUUACCUAUCCCUGUUUUAGACGUCGUCAAAACUCACUUUUAAAAAAAAUAUAUCUUAUUAAAGUCAUAAAGUCACCCAGAACACUUCGCCUCAAUGAUUCUGUCUGGAGUCUGGUCCUGCCAUUUUUACCUUGCAAUGCAGAGCUUCCUCCUCCAGAAACAUUUGGCUGUGCAUGCCCAUUUCCAAUCAACUGCUUCUCUAAAAACAUUGGAUUGGAACAGAUCCAAUCCAAGCAUGCUGACGUCUUUGAAGACGAAUCGGGUGACUGCAGCACAGGAAUACUCAUGCUUGAAAUAGGGUCAAGUAAUCAUUCCUUAAUUUUUUUAUUACAAAAGGGAAGCUAUUUUUAUUUUUACCCUUUAAUCAAUCAGAUAAAGUGUUUGCCUAUCAAUGUCCUGGGUUUGGCAGAACAGUCAUAGUUUCAGGGUUCUGUCCUGACAUCCUGAGUUUGUUCCCUGGUGUCUUUCAUCUGGGGACAUAAGAGGAUUGUCCGCAACAAGAGUGCAUCAUUCAAUCAUCACCUUAAAGGAAUACUCCACAGACAUAAUGCGAAUCAGUUUGCUGAAGUGCUUUAUGUGUCUGGAGUCCAUCACAUUUGUGACAGUUUAUAAAGGUGCCAAAUUCAAUAGAAUAGAAAUACUUGGGGACAUAAACACCUCAACUGGAAAACCAGGUCCGGUGCUAGCAAGCAUCUGCCUUCGUAAUUUCUCAGUGAAUGUAUUCCAGCUCAUUUAGAAGCAUUGGAAAACAGUGAUUGCGUGCAAGUUUGUGGCUUCUGCACAGAGGUUUCUUAAUGAGAAGCCCUUGCUUGGAGUAUUCCACAAAUAAAUGGAGGGUUUACAAAGGCUGCAGACAAGAAAUCUAUUUAAAUAUACCUCCAAUGAAAAGAAAAUUGGGGGGGCAAUUGAGUGUUCCAUGUACAGAUCUCUUCCUAUGUACAGAUCCGGGUGCUGCAACAGUGCAUUUGGGUAUCAGUAGUGCUGCAAUCCUAUGCCUCAGGUUGUGAAACUUUCCUUAAAGGACCUCUGAAGUGGCCAGGAUGCUCUGGUCCUGUAGGUUUAACCCUAUAAUAGAAAGAAAACCUACAGCUUUGUUUUUUAAACCUGCAAUAUUUACAUUGCAGUGUUAACUCCACCACUAGUGGCUGCCAUGCUGAUAGCCACCAGAGCCGCUUCCUUCUGCAGACAAUGUGUAAAAUUUGUCACAUGAGUGCACCCACCAUGGGAAAGCAUUGACUGAAGUCUGCUGUGCUUUCAGUUUGGCCAUUCUGGCCUUCAAUUUUAAAUUCACUUUUAAUUAUCACUUAAGUAAAUAACAAUGUGAGUAGCAGUCCUAAAGAAAAUUAAAUCUGUGUAUGAUUAUUAGGUUAUAAUCUAAAUUCUUUAUGAAUCUAAAUGAAUCAAUAAAUUAUGAAACUGCAAUUCCAGAGUAUAUGUUACGUCUCAUAAAAUCUUUAUGUAUUCGUUGACAUUCUGCCUCUUCUUUUUCAAGGAAAAAUACAUGGACAUUAGAAACUAAACUGCCUUGUGUUGGACCCUUACUGAUUCCAAGUUUACUACUGGGACUUUAUAGAAGUUUUCCUUAAUGCUGACAGACUUUUUGAAGUGACUGCACCAUGCUGAACAGUUGAUAUUGUUCUGAUGGACCCGGACUGAUCUCAGGUUACUCUCGUCGGAAAACUGUAACCACGAACCCAGAGAUCCAACCAACGCUUUAUACAAUGAUGUUACGUCCUGUGGGUAACCCUUUUACCUAAAGAAGACUAUCAACAAGUGAAUUCUGAAGUAACCUUUGUGGCCUGCAUUUUUUUCCUAUCUACUAUCCGUUAGCUCUGACAUUAAACUGACCAAGGUUGAUCUUUCAUUGUGACAAAGCAGGAUAUGGACAGACUCCAUCGAAUUAGUGGAUGGGAGGGAUUCUAAUAUAUUGUAGACUAAGCACAAAGCAUAGUGGAGGACUGCAGGAUCAACACCGAAGAAAUGCACUGGCAAUCUAUCUUGCAACCCUUUAAUUAUAAUAGUAUAUUAUAUACAUACACACACACACACACACACACACAUACUACUCCUUCCUCCCUCCUCCAUUAGGUAAGAGUUUUAUCUCGGUCUAAAUGCACUCUUUCCUAUUUCUGAAUGUAAUAUAGCAUCUUACAAGUUAAGCCGUACCCAGCUAUUAAAAAAGAGUUGGCAUUUUGUCUCUUUAGCUAAUGGCCAGAGACUACUUACAGCACACAUGCCUCCCUUCUAACCGCACAUCCUGAAGAAAUUUCUCUAUAAAGUAUGUACUUACAUAAAUAUAUAUAUUUGAGUUGGAUUGUGUAAAUUUAAGGUAUCGAAUUAUGCUUUGCCUACUUUUUUUUUUUAAAGUAUGUGAUAGUAAAGAAAUUCAAAUCUAAUAUUUUUUUUAUUAGUGUGCAAGUCUCAUAUUUUAGGGUUCUUACUGUGUAAUCUAAACAUAUACAUUUAUUUCUAUAGGAGAAACAAUGCUUAAAAAAAAAAAAAAAAGAUGUACAAUUGUGUUACGGUUAAUUAAAAAGUGAAAAAAUGGCUCUUAAGUAUUUAUCUUCAGUAAACAAAAAUAAAUAUUUAUUCAACAUACAGAUCAUAUACCAGAUAUAUGAGAUGUAUUAUAAGGAAACAAAGUGAUAACAGGAGUUCGGAGAGAGGAACUGACAGUUUACUUGAAAUGAAAGAAUUUUGUUACUGGAAAAAAAUCUUUUUAAAUCAUCAUUUUACUGUUUCCACGUGUUCACAAAAUUAUUCAAACGUAUACAUCUGUCGGCACUGUUGUGUAGGACAAAGGUCUAAAGUGUAAUGAAAGUGGGAGAGCAGUGAAAGAGGCACAGUUGUGUAUUAGAUGGGUAGAUGAAACAUAGACGUAACUGAAACAAAGCGUGUUUGCUAGACAGAAGUAACACAUGCGAUAGCUCUGCUCAAAGGAAUUAUUUGGAUUUAAGUUACAUCCUUGUAAUUCAUUUAACUUUUUUAGAACUGAUCAUUUAGCCUAAAAAUGUAAAUAAUAGGAUGACACACAGAUAUAGCCCCCCCAGUCACCCUAAACUAUACUUUGAACACUUUUCCUCCUGGUUACCCCACUUUCUUUCCUCUAGCACUCCCUCUCUCAUACUUGGGGACUUCAAUAUCCCUAUCAACAAGCUCAACUGCCCUGAUGCCUCUUGUUUGCUCUCUGUAACCUCCUCCUUUGGACUCACACAGAUUUCUUCCUCAGCAACUCACACUGCAGGAAACACUCUUGACCUCAUCUUCACCAAUCUCUGUACCACCUCUGAUCUCGCCACUGUUCCAUUUCCUUUGUCUGACCACCAUCUGCUAACAUUUAACAUCUGCAUACCCCAUACCAAAAUCUCACCACCAUCCACUCUCCAACCUUGCAGAAACCUCAACUCCCUCGAUCUCCAGCACUUCUCCACUAAACUCCAAACACUCCUUUUACCCAUCUCAAAUCACAACUGCCCUAACUCUGCAACCUCACUCUACAACUCCAUUCUCUCCUCUCAACUUGACAUCAUGGCACCUCCUACAGUUAAACGCAGCAAGCGCCCCCAACUACAACCCUGGCACACCAAGCUGACCCGUUACCUCCAAAAAUGUUCCAGAACUGCUGAACGCUGCUGGAGAAAGUCUCACUUUGCAUCUGACUUUGUCCACUAUAAAUUUAUGCUGCGCUCCUACAGCAUGGCUCUUUCCUCUGCAAAAGUAAGCUACUUCAACACCCUCAUAAGCACACUGUCCCACCAACCCAAACACCUGUUUCACACUUUUGAUGCACUUCUUCGCCCUGUGACUCCCCCUCCUUCCACCACCUUGUCCGCCACAAACUUUGCAUCUCAUUUCACUCAGAAGAUCUCUACAAUCAGGAAAGAGAUCUCUAAUCUUUCUUCAACCAGUAUCAGUACAUCACCCAUCCCCACUCCCCCUGCCAUCCUAAGCUCAUCUGCACCUGCUACAGCACAAGAGGUUUCUGCUCUGCUCCUGUUUCUGCACCUGCUCCCUCGAUCCUAUUCUCUUGCAUCUCAUCCGCACAUUGUCUCCCUCUCUUGCUCUUCCUCUCGCUAACAUUUUCAAUCUCUCACUUUCCUCUGGCACAUUUCCCUCUGCCUUCAAACAUGCAACCGUAACCCCAAUUCUGAAAAAGCCCAACCUUGAUCCCAACUCCCCAUCCAACUACCGCCCUAUCUCGCUACUGCCAUUUGCCUCCCAAGAUCCUCGAGAGAGUUGUCUACGCCAGAUUGACAGACUUUCUUGAAUCCAACUCUCUGCUUGACCCCCUUCAGUCUGGAUUCCGCGCUGGUCACUCUGUCGAAACUGCUGUGACCAAAGUAUCCAACGAUUUAAUUGCUGCUAAAUCUCGCGGCCAAUACUCUAUCCUAAUCCUCCUUGAUCUUUCUGCCGCCUUUGACACUGUUGAUCAUCAACAGCUUCUUCACAUUCUCCGUAACUUUGGUCUACGGGAUACUGCUCUCUCCUGGUGCUCCUCCUACCUCUCCUAGCGCUCUUUCAGAGUUUCUUUCUCUGGCUCUGCCUCUUCUCCCCAACCCCUCCCUAUCGGUGUCCCCCUACUGUUCUCUAUCUAUACUGCCUCCCUUGGUAAACUCAUCAGCUCCUUUGGCGUCCAAUACCAUUUAUAUGCAGAUGACACGCAAAUCUACCUGUCCUCCCCGAUCUCUCUCCGCCCACCUUUACUCGUGUUUCUGACUGCCUCUCUGCUAUUUCCAACUGGUUGGCUGCUCACUUCCUUAAACUCAACCUGUCCAAAACAGAACUUCUAGUUUUCCUCCCUCAAGUGCUGCUACUCCUGUGUCUGUCUCCAUCCAAGUCAACGGCGCUUCUAUCACCUCUACCUCCCAGGCUCGCUGCCUAGGGGUUCUUUUUGAUUCUGAUCUCUCUUUUACUCCCCAUGUUCAAUUGAUAGCCAAAUCCUGUCGCUUCCAACUCAAGAACAUAGCGCGCAUCCGCCUAUAUCUAACGCCGGACGCGGCUAAGGUACUGCGCUCAGCCCAAGACCUACGCCUAUCCUCUGCCCGGAUCCCCACCUCUGAUGCUCGCCUUCAAGACUCCCCCAGGGCUGCAAGUAUUCUGUGGAACUCCCUUCCCUCCUCAAUCAGACUUUCACCCAGCCUCCACUCCUUCAAAAAAUCUUUGAAAACUCACUUCUUCAUUAAAGUGUAUCAAUUAAACUGUCAGCAGGUUUCUCAUCCCCCACCCCAUGACUCCAUUCCUGCACCAGUCAAAAAUGACCUACCAAGCACUCAAUAAACCCUUCUGUAACAAACUAUUUAAUUCCCCUACUUUAACCCUUUGUGUCACUAUACCCCACUCCCUCUAGCAUGGAAGCUCAUCGAGGGUCCUCAACUCCCUCUGUUCCUGUAAGUCAGUGGUCUAAUCUCAAUUAUGUGUCUGUUAGUCCACCCAUUGUACAGCGCUACGGAAUUUGUUGGCGCUAUAUAAAUAAUAAAAU